GCUUCCGGCGUAAACACUUAAAGGCAGGCGGCUGAGGCGGCGGCGCUCUUAGGAACGGAGUCGGCUGCUGCUGCUGCGUCGUGGAGAUGUCGGACUCGGACAGCGAGGACGACGAGGGCGGCGAGAGCCGGGCGGCGCCCUUCUCCCUGGCCGGCUUCCUCUUCGGCAACAUCAACGAGCAGGGCCAGCUCGAGGGCGAGGGGCUCCUCGACCAGGUGGGCGCUUCUCGGGGGUGGGGGCUUACUGGUCGGGGGGGGGGGCAGGGGACGAAGGGAGAGGGGGGGCUGGCUAGCUAGCCGUGUCAAGGUAAAGGGGGCGCGCGGAGUGGGGCGGGGCGCGGGGCACAGUGGGAGGGGCCGAGUUGAAAGGGGGACACCUGUCAAGCUGGGUCGAAUUGGAAUGGGGGCGGGACAAGGGGGGCACGGGGGAAAGGUAGGGGCAGCGGACUGGCUAGUUGGGUCGAGCUGAACGGGGGAGGGGGGCUGGGAACGGUGGGGGCUGGCCAGCCAGGUGUGUGUGUGUGUGUGUGCAGGACAGCACGCGGGAGGAGAGACGGGAAGGGAGGGGAGCGGGGGUUGCCAAGCCAUGGCGACGGGGGGCCCCGAGGGCUGCCCAGACGGGGGAGCAGGGGGCUGCCAAGCCAUGGGAGGGGGCUACAGUUGUGCAGACGGGAGGUGGGGUUGCCCAGCCAUGGGGAGGGGGGUGAGGGCUGUGCAGGCGGGGGGGGCUGCCCAGCCAUGGGGAGGGGGGGGCUAGGGCUGUACAGACGGGGAGUGAGGGGCUGCCCAGCCAUGGGGGCUGCCCAGACGGUGGAGCAGGGGGCUGCCAAGCCAUGGGGACGGGUGAGGGCUGUCCAGACCGGGAGUGAGGGGCUGCCCAGCCAUGGGGACGGGGCCUGAUUGCUGCCCAGACAGAGGAGCAGGGUGGGGGAGGGCUAGGGAUGUGCAGACGGGUGUGUGUGUGGGGGUUGCCCAGCCAUGGGAAGGGGGGUGAGGGCUGUCCAGACGGGGAGUGAGGGGCUGCCCAGCCAUGGGGACAGGGCCCGAGGGCUGCCCAGACGGGGGAGCAGGGGGCUGCCAAGCCAUGGGGGGGCCUAGGGCUGUGCAGGCAGGGGGGGCGGGGGUUGCCCAGCCAUGGUGAGGGGGGUGAGGGCUGUCCAGAUGGGGAGCAAGGGGCUGCCCAGCCAUGGGGAGGGGGGGCAAGGGCUGCCCAGACGGGGUGGGGGCUGCCCAGCCAUGGGGACGGGGGGCAAGGGCUGCCCAGAUGGGGGAGCAGGGGGCUGCCAAACCAUGGGGGACAGCUAGGGCUGUGCAGAUGGGGGGUGUGGGGGGGUUGCCCAGCCAUGGGGAGAGGGGUGAGCGCUGUCCAGACGGGGAGCGAGGGGCUGCCCAGCCACCGGGGUUGGGGCGAGGGCUGCCCAGGCGGGUUGGGGGCUGCCCAGCCAUGGGGAUGGGGGGGCAGGGCUGCCCAGCUGUCGUGACAGGGGAGGGUUCUGGGUCAAGCUGGAGCAGGGAAGAGAAGAUGGCGGGAGGGAGGGAGGGAGGGAGGAGGGGAACGGAGGCAGCAGGGAAGGGAUGGGGGAGUCAGCACACUGGAGCAGAGUGACCUUUAGAUAAACUGGUCUCAAACUAUUCAGGGCUUUAUGCCAACAGAGUAACACUUUGAAGCUGUUGGGAUGCUUCCAAGGGAACGGGGGCAACUUGCAAGCCCCCAGCUGGCUCCAGCCCACCGGCCAGUAGCCAGGUGAUCUCCUGUCCUUGGCUCAGCAUGAAACAGCGACCCACAGCUUCAGAAGCCUUCAGAAGCUGGAGCACGCUCGGUAGCAAAUGGGCAACUAGUGCAUAUCUCUGAGCAAGGCACAGCGGUUUGAGUUAGAGCAUCUACUUUGUAUGAGGAAGGUCACAGUAUGGUCUUAAGGUUCUUUCCCUCCGCUUCCAGCCAAAUCCUGUUUUCUUUCUGUCCCCUCCCCAGGAGUCAAAAAAACAUUUGGCUGGACUUGGGGCAUUGGGUCUGGGGAGCCUCAUAACAGAAAUCACAGCCAGCGAAGAUGAUGCUUCUGAGUCAGACGGAGCCCAGUUGGAUGAGGAAGGUAGGAGAAUGUUUUUGUCUUAGGACCGGGACAAAAUAGCUUUCUCCAGGCUAGUGCCUUUCAUAUGUUGUUGGGAGCCCCAUCAGCUCCAGCUGAUGGCCAGUGGUCAAGGAUGAUGGUAGUUGUGGUGCAACAGCUUACUGAGGGCACUAGGUUGGGAAAGGCUAGGAUAUAAGGGCUUUGCUCUCUCAGGGAUCAAGGCUGACUCCUGGUUGUGCAUUUAAAAAGAGGUGCAGCUGGUUAAUUCAGUGUUCUGGCAUUGCUUACUCAGGGUUUGCAAGUAAUGGCUGAACUUAGUAGCAAAGCAGUAGCCUCUACAAGCCGCCUGUAAAGUCCAGCACCACCAUGAUAGCACAAUAUUUUAUUUUAAUUUGGAUACCACUCUUCAUCCAUAGAUCUCAGGGUGGUUCAAACAUUAAAAUACAAAAUAAAAACACAAAAUACAUAAUAAAACAAGAACAAAAAACCACAAACCAAUGAACCCCCCCAUACCCUCUCCCACAACCCUGUGUAAAAGUGGUAUAAGAUGUUAAUCUGCCAAAGGCCUGGUUGAAGAAGAACGCUUUCACAUGAUGCCUAAAGGUGUAUCAUGAAGGCACCAGGUAAGCCUCCCUGGGGAGAGCAUUCUACGGGCAGAGACCCACUGCAGAAAAAAGGCUUGUUCUUGUGUUGCCACCCUCCUGACCUUGUGUGGAGGAGGGAUACCUAGAAGGGCCUCCAACAGUCGUCUCAAGGUCUGGGUAGGUUCAUAUGGAGAGAGGUGGUCCUUGAGGUAUUGUGGUCCUGAGCCAUUUAAGGCUUUAUAGAUCAAAACCAGCACUUUGAAUUGGACCCGGAAACUAACUGGCAGUCAGUGCAGUGGGGCCAGAAUUGGCAUUAUAUGCUGAAACCCGUAUUGCCCUGAUGAGCAAUAUCAUUCUUGAACGUGGGUGCGGAAGCUGGGAUAGAAAAAUGGUGUGGCCUGUUGGGUCUGUAAUUUUUCUGUGUUCUUCCCUGUUCCUCUCCCUGCCGCCAGGCUGGGUUAAGAGCACCGAGGAUGCUGUCGAUUAUUCUGACAUCACCGAAGUGGCUGAAGAUGAGAGCCGCAGGUACCGGCAGGCAAUGGGCAACCUUCAGCCAGUUCAGAGGGCAGGUAGGUGGUGGCAACAGCUGCUUUCCUUUGUCACAACUGAUCUUUCGAAAAACAAAAAUAUAAAGUCCUUUACAAUCUCUAUUGACUUCCUUUCUAGACUUCCUCCUCCUCCCCUCUUUGUUUCUUAAUUUUUAAUUUUUACAGCAAAUCCUUUCUGUUUUUUCAUAACAAUCUGUCAUUACGUUUCCUUAUUCUAUUUUCCCUCUUGUCAUAUAAAAACUUUAAAACUCAUAGCUUAUAUUCAAUAUUUACCAAAUUCUUGCAUCAUUACCUUUUACGAAUCAUUUACCAAUCCUUACUUAAGUCAUGUAAUUUCAUUCAACAUCCUUCAAACAUUUGUAAGCAUUCCCAAUAUUAAAAAGUAAAAAGAAAAAAUAAUAAGUCAAAUUCAGUCCAGUCAGCUUCCAACCUCCCUCCCCUGGACCCGGGAUUGUCAGUCCUUUUAACCUCGGUAAUCCGGCUCCUUAACCUGGUUGUCUCGUAUCCGAGGCCCUCAAGUCUCUUUCUUGCCCCUUUCGCCACUCUUGUUGAUGAUUCCUUUCCAGUCGUGGAUGCUCCAGCAAGAAAAUGCUUUUGACCCUUUGCAACAAGUCCAUCCCAAACCCAUUGCCCAAGCCAGACAGCAAAUAAUACCACUUCAAAUUUCCACAAAGCUUGGAGACUUCGGCUACUCCAAUCCUCUGAUAGCCCAUCACCAGACUCGGAAGGUCCAAAUAACCAUAUGGAGGGGGUCGAUCCAUCCCCCAUUUCCAAAUCUGACCACAUUUCAUCUUUCCGAAUCUGGUUUGUCCUAAGUUCAUUUAUCAAGUUCAAAGGCUGAUCUUGCCCGUCCAAAGGUCCCUCCAUCUCUGAAGCCUCCGUCACUACAGCAGGUUCAUAUGCUUGUAUAGCCUUUAACUGAAUUUCAUUUGUUUGCUGCUGUGCUCUGGUAACUUCCAUCAUCAAGGUCGUCUCCUGACGCAUCUGGUCCAGCUGGGCACUUAGUUUUGAAAACCUUCCAGGAACAAUUGUUCAAGCCUUUGUACUAGCAUUGUCCUUCAAGGUCAAAGAAAAUUCUUUCGCCCGAGAAUAGUCCAAGAGUCCUUCUCUUGUAAUCACUCUGCCUUGCAAUUUCACUAAAUUCCACUAGAUGGAAUUUUUUUUUUUUUUUAAAGGAAUAAAAGCAACAGCAACAAUCUUUCUUUUUCCAGAAACACUUUAUCCAAAAUUCCCCCUUCCAAAUUCAAGAGGCAACAGUAGAAUCAAAAUGUUACCCUUCUUUUAACUAACUGUCGAGCUGGAUAAACUUCAGAACGUCAAUUCUGACAGCCCGCUCCUGGUUCAGGGCGGUGGAAAAUUGCUUUAUUUUAAACUCACUUCCGCAGGAUUGAAAAGUCCAAAUACAACCCCUUUUUCUCCUGCAGUCAAAGGGGGUUCUAGAAAUCUUAGAUGUUGAAUUCUAGUUCUCUUAAAAUUUAAUUUUCAGGCUUUAGUAUAUUUUGUCUUUGCUUUCUUCACAUAACAAAAGAACGGAAGGCGACUUCCUGUUUAGACCUUCCCAUUCCGAGUCCCAAUUAAGUUCAAUUUCAAGUCCAAUAUUAUUUGUUUAUUCACCAGUCUUAAAAGUGGUUCAGCUCUUCCAAGAUCAGGUACUCACGGAUAGAUGUUUUAGAUGCCAAAUUGUCCAGGAAAAGGCAGCGCUCUCCGAUAACGGCAGUGCGGCUUUGCUGCAUCACCUCUUCAACUGGUCCUUGCUAACCUGACACUCGCCCUGGCUCCCCGUUGCUCUUCUUGUUUAGCAUCCUGUGUAUGGGGCGUUAGAGGAAGGGUAGUACGUAUGGUAGAUGGGCUACCAGGAUGACCAGCCCCGUCUGCUCUUCACCUCUCUACAGCAUAUGCAGAAACUAUUGGGCCCAUAUUGUUCUUGUCCUCUCAAUCUGCCGGAGCCUGUUUUCGCAUGCAUGGGAAGCCCCUAACUAACCAGGGGUUUGAGACCUGUCAACUACCCUCGCCUGGUUUAGCUGGCCAGUUGAAGCCAAUUCUGGGGUGUGGCUGCUGUCACGUGCUGUCACAUUCCCUUUGUUUUUAAAUUUACUGUACACCCAUUGGGUGUUUUAUAUUAAAAGAAUAUAGGAAGCCGCCUUAUAUUGAUUCAGAUCCUUGGUACAUCUGGUUCAAAUGGGACGCGGGUGGCACUGUGAUCUAAACCACCAAGCCUCUUGGGCUUGCUGAUCUUAAGGUCAGCAGUUCGAAUCCACAUGUCGAGGUGAGCUCCUGUCACUUUGUCCCAGCUCCUGCCAACCUAGCAGUUCGAAAGCAUACCAGUGCAAGUAGAUAAAUAGGUACCUGCUGCGGUGGGAAGGUAAACGGCGUUUCCAUGCACUUGUCACGGUGUCCCGUUGCACCACAAGCGGUUUAGUCAUGCUGGCCACAUCAUCCAGAAAAACUGUCUGCGGACAAAUGCUGACUCCCUCGGCUUGAAAGCAGAGAUGAGUACUGCACCCCAUAGUUGAAUUUGACUGGACUUAACCAUCCAGGGUAAACCUUUACCUUUUUUACCAUCUAGUUCAGAUGGUGGAAAUAGAAUAUCUGUUUUGGAUGAUGGAGGGUGCCUGGAUUUUCUUGGAAUGUUUAAUCCUGGUGGUUUUUAACGGGGACGAUAAACCGAAGUUGUGAUGUGAUGGAAGGGCUGCCCACCACUCCUUUCUUUUCUUCCUUUCCUUAGAUGAUGACGAUGACGAUUAUGAUGCUGACUCUGAAGAUAUUGACUCUAAGCUGAUGCCUCCCCCGCCACCACCUCCAGGGCCAAUGAGAAAAGAGGACGAAAAGGAUGCAAGUGCUUCUGGUGAGGAUGUACUCCUGGGAAAUGCCUUUGAGCCUUGCAGGGCCCAGGGGUGAGCAGUAUCAUAGGCUUGUAGAGUUGGAAGGGAACCCGAGGGUCAUCUAGUCCAAACCCCUUCAAUGCAGAAAUCUUUGGCCCAACUCGGGCUCGAACCCACAACCCUGAGAUUAAGAGUCUCAUGCUCUACCCACUGAGCUAUCCCAGGUCUGAAAGAAACACAGUGAAAAAUAGUGGGUGGAAUCCAGUGUAGCAGUACCUAUUGUUCUGUUAGCAUAGGAAUUUUUGCUUGUGCCAUGUAACUCCCCCCAUGUGCACCCCACACACCCAGUCUGUUCUGGAGGGGCUACAUCAGCGGAGGAGAGGGGUAAGAUGUUCCGUUGCAGAAGCAGAAAUCCUUGCGCUGGCAGAACAUUCACACAGUGCCACUUUGGAUACAACCCUAAUCUGGGAUUUCCCUUUUACGUUGCUGCCUCAGCUAAAAUGUGGUUUUAUUUUGAUGUACUUUUUUCUGGCUUGCGGUUUUUCACUUUAAAGUGCUUUCAGCUUUGUGAUAAGGCAGUAUGCAAAUGUGCUUCAUUUAUUCAAUAACCGUAGAAUCUACCGGAAGCAGGAGAAUUGGAUCUGAGAAUUUAAAACUCCCUGAGUGCGGAGUCCAUGGAGUUUUUGAUGUGUCCAGGAGGAUUCUCUUGGCGUCUCUUCCCCUCCCACUCACUUGACCCUUUUUAAAAUGCAAGCUGAGAAUUUCAAGAUGCUGGCUUCCAUUUGAAAUACUGCACUUUGUCUUUGAUGCCGGGAAUAAGGCAUGUGACCCAGGGUUAGCUUUCUGUCAUGUUGAGGUUAGGAAGUAGAGCUUUCCUUCCUUCCUUCCUUCCUUCCUUCCUUCCUUUCUGAGAGGUACUCUCUUCCAGGGUCUGAAGACAACGAUGGUAUCAUCCUUCCAUCCAUCAUUGCCCCUUCAUCUGCUACCUUGGAGAAGAAUGACUUCAGCAGCUCUUCGGAUUCUGAAUCGGAAUCGGGGUCCCAGGACUCGCGGAAGGCAGAGUCCAGCGACAGAAGUCUUACGCUGCCACUUGCAGGGAUAAUGCAGCAGGAUACCACCAAGCAGCUGCCAAGUGUCACAGAUCUGUUCCCCGAGUUCAGACCAGGCAAGGUAGGGCUCUGCAGAAAAUGACGGGGGGGGGGGCAGGGACCGAGUGAAAGGCCAUGCUUUGUGCUAAAAGGAUGGAGGGCUCCCCCUGUGCUUGAUUUCCUUUAUGUCAUAUAAGUUAGCAGAACAGAUGGGCUACCUUCUCGGGUUGAUGAGCCCCUUGUAGGAGAAAGAAAAGACUGAUCCUAAACCUCCACUGCCCUACACAAAUCUGGGGUGGAUUUGCUAACAUGGUUGGCUGGAACGUUGUAUGCCUCCUUCCAGCAACACCUGCAGCCAAGCUGGUGCCAAAUGUAUUGCUCUGCAUUCCUUUGGCCCACAUCAGCGAGGCUUGUUGUCUGGGCAAAAAGGUAAAACAACGAAAUUGAGGAAAAAAUCAGAGCCAUACUUAAAAGCGUAAAGGUAAAGGGACCCAGACCAUUAGGUCCAGUCAUGACCCACUUUGGGGUUGUGGCGCUCAUCUCGCUUUAUUGGCCGAGGGAGCCGGCGUACAGCUUCCGGGUCAUGUGGCCAGCAUGACUAAGCCGCUUCUGGCGAACCAGAGCAGCGCACAGAAACGCCGUUUACCUUUCUGCCGGAGUGGUACCUAUUUAUAUACUUGCACUUUGAUGUGCUUUUGAACUGCUAAGUUGGCAGGAGCAGGGACUGAGCAACGGGAGCUCACCCCAUCGCGAGGAUUCGAACCGCCGACCUUCUGAUCGGCAAGUCCUAGACUCUGUGGUUUAACCCACAGCACCACCCGCGUCCCUACUUAAAAACAUACAGAGGAUAAAAUGCUAAAAUAAAUUAAUUGUGAUGUUUAAUACAGCUUCACUAGGUGAGGACAACAUUGGUCGCUGGGAACCCACAAAAGCGGAGUUCACAGGCAUAUGUUACCCAGGCUUCUGUCAAGGCAUAGCCUCAUCUGAGAUUUUCACAUGUGUAGGAAUCAAGUCUUAUAGUAAGCAGGAUUGCAAUCUGGAAACCAACCAAUGGCCUUAUCAGAAGAGCAAACGUAACAUCAUAGGAACAGGCUUGAAUAGCAAAUUCAAAUAUUUAUCUGUCAGUUUCAGCAGAUUCCUUCAUACCUCAUUACAGACAUUUCUGCUCUUUUACAACACCCUUUCACUCAAUAUUUUCUUCACACUUGCUUUUACUGCCAGUAAGCUAUCUUUCAGAAGGUGCAUCAAUGUAUUUAUCCACCACAGGGGCACUUUUUUGUUGAGGGGAUUGCAGCUCUUCCCACCCCACCAAAAAACUGCCCUUCCCUGCUACUGAAAAUGCUGCCCCACUGCAGUUAGGCUUGGAAAAAGCCUCCUAUUAUAUAGCGGUUUUUCAUGCCUGGUUGUUACAUUGACAGAAUGGAUGUUUGUGUCUGUGAGUGUAGAGGAGUUAUCUGAAUAAAUAACUCUGCGUGUGUCCCCCAAGCUGAGGAGGCUCCCCCACUCCUCCUCCUGGUCUAGCACCCCCAUCUGCAGAGGGCUGCCUCUCCAGUGAGCCAGAGAUGUGAACUUGCCUUUGACACAGCUGAGUGACCAGAGGCCAGUCGCUUGCGCCUCCCAACCUUUCCUCCACUCUCUGCCAGUGUGGUGUAGUGGUUAAGAGCGGUAGACUCGUAAUCUGGUGAACCGGGUUCGCGUCUCCGCUCCUCCACAUGCAGCUGCUGGGUGACCUUGGGCCAGUCACACUUCUUUGAAGUCUCUCAGCCUCAUUCACCUCACAGAGUGUUUGUUGUGGGGGAGGGAGGGAAAGGAGAAUGUUAGCCGCUUUGAGACUCCUUUGGGUAGUGAUAAAGCAGGAUAUCAAAUCCAAACUCCUCCUCCUCCUCUUCUUCUUCUUCUUCUGCCUCUCCCCUUAGGUGCUGCGCUUCCUGCGCCUCUUUGGCCCUGGGAAAAACAUCCCAUCGGUCUGGCGCAGCGCCCGCAGGAAGCGCAAGAAGAAGCACCGGGAAGUCACUCCGGAAGUGCAGAUCCUGGAUGGAGAAGCUGAGGUCGAGACAAUUGUGGAAGAGAAAUCUCCCUGGGAGUACGAAUAUGCCCCGCCUCCUCCUCCGGAGCAGUGCCUUUCAGACGACGAGGUGAGUCUUCAGGAGCAGAGAGGAUGAUAGAAGUGGGGUGGGGUGUCACAUCACAUGGCUUUGUUCCUACUCCAAGAGAGAGGGCGGGGCUUCCUCUCUGCCUUGCGGUAGGACUGUCCCCCUGCCGACAACAGCUGGAUAUAGUAACAAGGCAGGCUGGGCAAUGGCAGCCUCCGUAAGGCAGAUGCCAAGCAUGAAUCUGCGUGGCUGGAGUCUUUGGUCAUGGAUUGGCUGGAGACAGAGGAGCGGUGAGAGGCAACAGCUGGGGGACCCCCAAGGGAAGAAGGCUCAGAGCCAGGGUAGUGGUGUUGGGAAUACAGUGAGUGGUCAGAGGGAGCAGAUUGGUAGGAGGAGAUGUUGGAAGCUGAAGAGGCAACAGGGUUUAGUGAGCAGGAAGAGCCUGUGGCAGAGAGCAGCCCAGAAUCGGAGGCAGAGGUGGAGGCUGGAAAGGAGAGGGCUAAGAGGCAGAGAUGAGGCAGGCUGCCGAAGAAGCCAGGGGGGUCUCCCCCUCCUGCUGUGACCAGCACCUCUGGUCUCCCAGAACCCAGAGAACUAUGAAUAGGGCGAAGCAGAGAUAAGUUGGAUAAGUAUCUGGUUGCUUGGAAAGGACCCGGGGUAGGAGGGGCCUUAGAGAGCAGUGGGAAGGCUGGGACCUUCAGUCUUCACAACUGCCUCAUGGGGGCAAGACCUACUGGGAAGAGUUGCUGUGCUCACUGGGUCUGAGCUGCUUAGUUUCUUUGAAUAAAGAGCUAACUUCACUGGCACCUUGUUAGUUAUUUCUGACUUGCCCCUGACGCCUGCCUUGACAUCAUCUCAGGAUGAUCCCAGUUCCGUCUCCCUUGACCCUCCAACACCCUCUUGUCCUCCAGAUCACCAUGAUGGCACCGGUGGAGUCCAAGUUCUCCCAGUCUACAGGAGAUGCGGACAAGGUGGCUGACACCAGGCCCAAGGUGGCCGAAUGGCGCUACGGGCCUGCCCAGCUCUGGUAUGACAUGUUGGGCGUUCCUGAGGAUGGCAGCGGCUUCGACUAUGGCUUCAAGAUGAAAGAGCGCAAAGAGGAGGAGGAGAAGGAGGAGGUAGUGAGUUGGGGGAAAGGCUUGAAUUUGUCUCUCCUGAGGCAGGAGGACGGGGCCUUCCUGCCAGUGCCUUGGCAGUUUUUAAAUUUCUUUCUGUAAAGUUUUAUUAUUAUUUCAUGUUAUAAUGCAUAUAAAACAGAGAACAGUUAUAACCAUGAAAAGAAAUUAAAAGAUGGAAAAACAGAACUACAAAACAAACUUACAAUGACCACAUGAGUUAAAACAACUAAGUUCAAGUAAAGACUUAUCAACGUUCUCAGAUAAUGAAGUUUUGUCAGGCUUAUGACAAGGGUCAGCUUGAAGAUGACAGUUCCGCUCAGUGCUAUUUUUCUGUAAAAAGAGGAGCUGGAACUCAUCAUUUAUACCUCCCUCAUUCUCUUUAGAAUGGCAAUGGCACCCAGAGAGGUGCUGGAAUUGAGUUGAAAAAAAGGUCUGGUUCUGCUCUAUAUGUCAUAAAAGAACGCCAAAUAUAUUAAAAGUGCCUGGAGGUUCUAGGCGUUGUCAGAAUCUCAAAUUAUGUGCAGUUUUCUCCAUUACAGCUGUAUUCCAGAGUGAGUGGUACCAGGUGUCCAGUGCAAGGUUUGGGGCUGUUUCCCAUUGAGUUGCAAUUUGUGCUGCCAGGAUCAUAUAUAAGACCAAUUCUUUUGGCCAUAUAUCUGCAUUGGCAUUGUCUCAAAUAUUCAGCGACAUUCAUUCUGGACAGCAGACGGUAGUUUCCAUAGUAGUAAUCAUUAUUUCUGUCAAAACUCUUGAUGCUUUUCUGUUCUGCCCUUGCAGAGCGCUGUGGUGGAGAAGGAUGCGCUGCUGGCAGAUGAGCACUUCCUCAUGGUGACCCAGCUGCAGUGGGAGGACGACGUGAUCUGGAACGGGGAGGACAUCAAGCACAAGGGGACCAAGACGCAGCGGGCUAGUCUGGCUGGCUGGCUGCCCUCCAGCAUGACCAGGAAUGCUACUGCUUACAACGCCCAGCAAGGUGAGCUCAGCAGGCAGCUGGGCCGAGGGCCAUAGUUCAGUGUCAGAGUACUUCCCUUGCAUGCAAAAGGUCCCAGGUUCUGUUCCUGGGCAGGUGUGAAGCACUCCCUGGUCCUGAAUGGGACAACUGUGCCCCUGAAGGACCAGGUGUGCAGCCUGGGUCAUUUUGGACUCACAGCUGUCCAUGGAAAUGCAGGUCAAUUCUGUGUCCAGGGCGGCUCUCUACCAGCUCCAUCUGGUAUACAGGCUGAGACCCUACCUGCCCGGAGACUGUCUCGUCAGAGUGGUGCAUGCUCUUGUUAUCUCCCGCUUGGACUACUGCAAUGCCCUCUACGUGAGGCUACCUUUGCAGGUGACCCAGAAACUACAGCUAAUCCAGAAUGUGGCAGCUCGACUGGUGACUGGGAAUGGCUGCCAAGACCAUAUAACACUGGUCCUGAAAGACCUACCAUUGGCUCCCAGUACUCCAUCCCCAUCGUUCAGCCCGGACACUGAGGUCCAGGUUUGAGGACCUUCUGGCAGUUCCCUCACUGCAAGGUGAAGUUACAGGGAACCAGGCAGAGGGCCUUCUCGGUAGUGGCACCCUCCCUUUGGAACGCCCUCCCAUCAGAAAUAAGCAGCUAUCUGAUUUUUAAAGACAUCUGAAGGCAACACUGUUUAGGAAAGUGUUUUUAAUAUUAUGUUGCGAGCCGCCCAGAGUGGCUGGGGAAACCUACCAGAUGGGUGGGGUAUAAAUAUUUUUUAUUAUCCCUGGCAUCUCCAGGUAUGGUCAGGAAAUGCUGCUGGAAAGUCCAGAAGCUGCUUCCAGUCAGUGUACUCAAUACUGAGCUUGAUGGACCAAUGGUCAGACUCAAGAUAUGGCAGCUUCCAGAUAAUUAUGUCUUUUCAAAGCUGCUGACUUUCUUUGUUACCCUCUUGAUAAUGGAAUUUUUAUUAUUACUGUUACUCCUUCUACAUACGCCUCAAGGUGAUGUGCAGGCAUACAAUAAGAAUGGCUAAAAAUGGUUUUAAAAAUUCUACAGCUUUAAAACCAAUGCCAAAUGAAUACAGCAGAGACCCUUCAUCUCAGUGUGGUGUAGUGGUUAAGAGCGGUAGACUCGUAAUCUGGUGAACCGGGUUCGCGUCUCCGCUCCUCCACAUGCAGCUGCUGGGUGACUUUGGGCCAGUCACACUUCUCUGAAGUCUCUCAGCCCCACUCACCUCACAGAGUGUUUGUUGAGGGGGGGGAAGGGAAAGGAGAAUGUUAGCCGCUUUGAGACUCCUUCGGGUAGUGAUAAAGCGGGAUAUCAAAUCCAAACUCUUCUUCUUGCUGCAAAAGUUUAUUGAAACAAAAAUGUCAACAGUUUGUUUUUAAUGCCUGAUUUUAUUGGUAUAUCGCCCUGGAACCUUUCUUAGCCAGCUGCUGCCUGGUUUCAGCAGAGGCUCCCUGACAUUUUCUUUUUUUUAAAAUAAGAUAUUUAUUAAGAUUUUUUAAAAAUAUUACAGUGAAAAUGAAAAAGAAAAAAGAAAAAUACAAAAUAAAAACAGUUAAACAACACACAUAUUUUCUAUUACUUAUUUUCCUUUAGCUUGUUUCCCGGACCUCCUUGUACCUCCCUUUUUUGUAUUCCACUUCAAUUUAUUGGUUCAGCAAAUCCUUACCAUUAGAUUUUAACCCAUUUAUAACCCUUUUUCAUAUUCUCUUAGAACAUUACAGCUGGAAACCGCUUAAUUACUAUCCAACAUCAUUCUAUCAUUCAUUAAUUUUACAAUAUUUCUGUAAAUAGUCUUUAAAUUUCUUCCAAUCUUCUUCCACCGACUCUUCUCCCUGGUCUCGGAUUCUGCCAGUCAUUUUUGCCAAUUCCAUAUAGUCGAUCACCUUCAUCUGCCAUUCUUCCAAAGUGGGUAGAUCUUGUGUCUUCCAAUACUUUGCAAUGAGUAUUCUUGCUGCUGUUGUAGCAUACAUAAAAAAGUUCUGUCCUUCUUUGGCACCAAUUGGCCGACAAUGCCCAGAAGAAAGGCCUCUGGUUUCUUCAAGAAGGUAUAUUUAAAUACCUUUUUCAGUUCAUUAUAUAUCAUUUCCUAGAAAGCCUUAAUCCUUGGGCACAUCCACCAAAGGUGAAAGAAUGUACCUUCAGUUUCUUUACAUUUCCAGCAUUUAUUAUCGGGCAAAUGAUAGAUUUUUGCAAGCUUGACUGGGGUCAUGUACCACCUGUAUAUCAUUUUCAUAAUAUUCUCUCUUAAGGCAUUGCAUGCCGUAAAUUUCAUACCUGUGGUCCAUAACUGUUCCCAGUCAGCAAACAUAAUAUUAUGUCCAACAUCUUGUGCCCAUUUAAUCAUAGCAGAUUUCACCGUUUCAUCCUGAGUAUUCCAUUUCAACAGCAAGUUAUACAUUCUUGACAAAUUCUUAGUUUUGGGUUCUAACAGUUCUAUUUCUAGUUUUGAUUUUUCCACCUGGAAGCCAAUUUUCUUGUCCAAUUUAAAUGCCUCCAUUAUCUGAUAAUAAUGAAGCCAAUCUCUCACUUUAUUUUUUAGUUUCUCGAAACUCUGCAAUUUCAAUUUGUCUCCUUCUUGUUCCAAAAUUUCCCAAUAUUUCAGCCAUUUGGCCUCCAUAUUGAGCCUUUUCAGAGCUUUCGCUUCCAUCGGUGACAACCACCUUGGGGUUUUAUUUUCCAAUAAAUCCUUGUAUCUUAUCCAAACAUUAAACAGUGCUUUCCUGACAAUAUGAUUUUUAGAGGCUCCCUGACAUUUUCAAUGCCCUCUUGCUUCUGUUUCCAGGGCUGAACCGCAGUGGGUCCCUGCUCAAUUUGCCUGUCCCUAUGAUGCAGAAGCCCAGCAUGUCAGGAGUCAUGGGCCUUGCCAAGUGCAAAGAGAAGCAGCUCCCUGAGCAGCAAGGUAAGGAGGAGCGGAGGCUUGUGGCUCACAGUGAGGAGAUGGUAUGUGUUGGUCAGCAAAAAGGGAACUGGUGAUAAUUACCUGGCAGGCUCUGGGUCUUCAGCCCUGCCCAAACAUUAAACUUAAGGUUUCUUCAGAGGAGAAGCAGCACCCCACAACAGAUCUCUCCACCACCAGUGACCCUGAAGAGUUGUUGAAUCCUGGCAUCCCUGCCCCAGGACCAGAGAUCCCCACACCUGGGUUCCUAGCUGGCUUUCUGAUUCCACCCUCGGCCAUCUCUCCCAGCAGCACGGGAGAGUAGUGAGCCAGGCAGGAGCUUCAGAGCACACAAGACUACUCAGAUGGCUUUAAAAAGGGAUGAUGAUGAUGAUGAUGAUGAAUUUUGUAUACUGCCCUUCAUAUGUCUCAGGGCGGUUCACAAUUUAAAACAUAAACACAAACAGUGCGAAACAUUCUCCAGCCAAAUUCAGGAACUUGCUUCUGCUUUCGCUCAGAACAUGCAAGUCUUUUGUUAAGUAGGCCCAGAGAAGGUGGGGAUGUGACGACCCCAAUUCUUAACAGAGAUCAAUGAAAUCCCAAAUAAUACUGGCAGCCGAGGAGCAUGCUUUGCAGCAACAUAAUCCUAUGUAUGUCUAAUUAGCAGCAUGUUCUGUUAAAUUCUGUGGGACUUAACUCCAAGGUAAGAAUGUCUUGCCGGGGUGAAGGGGCUUGAAUAACUCAGAGAAGCUAUGAGCUAUGCUGUGCAGGGCCAUCCAAGAUGGACAGGUCAUAGUGGAGAGUUUUGACCAAACGUGAUCCCCCUGGAGCAGGAACCGGCAAGCCACUCCAGUAUCCCUGCCAAGAAAACUCCAUGGACAAAGACAAAAGGCAUAUAAAAGGAAGACAGGAGUGCCUGGCGUGCUGUGGUCCAUGGGGUCACGAAGAGUCGGACACGACUAAAUGACUAAACAACAACAGAGAAUGUAUAGAAUCAUAACCUCAAUCUCUCUAGUUACUGUGUUCACCCACUAGUGGCUGCAUGACCUACUUUAAUCAAUUAGUUGGUUAAGUAUAAUAAUUUUAUUGACCAUUAAGGGAAAUGUGCACAGGAUUCGACAAAUCUAUGGAGGGUUAGAUUGUCAAAGGCUCCCAAUCUGGAUGGCUAUGUUCACCAUUGGAGGCAGUAUUCUUCUGAAUAUCCGUUGCUGGAAACAGCAGCAGAGGGGCUUGCUGCUGUGCUCAUGUCCUGCUUGUGGACUUCUGGUUGGCCACUGUGAGAAUACAAUAUGGGACUAGAUGAGCCGUUGGCCUGGUCUACAAGGGCUUUUCAUAGGAGGCCUUGAGAGAGCAGUGCCUUGGCAUUGAGUGGCUUAAAGUCCAGCGUGCCUUAAGUCAGCAGGUGGCACAGUCGGUGCAAAUGGGAGCACUUGAGCCCUAUGGGUUUCCAGGAAAAAGAUGGCAAGGGUGUGCUCUGGUGAGGAACAAGCAGAAGUAGGGAAUUCUACUCAUAUAUGGAAUUCUAUUCAUAUAUUGAUCCAGAGUUGAAUCCCAAUGUAUAGUUAACAGAGUAAAAACUUUAACACGUUGCAGGAUCCCCACAAAAUAGACCAGAGGCAAUUGUAUUUCAUCCAGCAGAGCUUUACUGCUACUGAAUGGGGAGGGGUAUACAAGGGUUAAGGAGGGACGCGGGUGGCGCUGUGGGUUAAACCACAGAGCCUAGGACUUGCCGAUCAGAAGGUUGGCGGUUUGAAUCCCUGCAAUGGGGUGAGCUCCUGUUGCUUGGUCCCUGCUCCUGCCAACCUAGCAGUUCGAAAGCACGUCAAAGUGCAAGUAGAUAAAUAGGUACCGCUCCAGUGGGAAGGUAAACGGCGUUUCCGUGCGCUGCUCUGGUUCGCCAGAAGGGGCUUAGUCAUGCUGGCCACAUGACCCAGAAGCUGUACGCCGGCUCCCUCGGCCAGUAAAGCAAGAUGAGCGCCGCAACCCCAGAGUCGUCCGCGACUGGACCUACCGGUCAGGGGUCCCUUUACCUUUACCUAUGUCUUGCGGACAGUGCAAAAACCUUGUGUUAAAUGAGCAGCAUUGAUUCCACACAAGAUCUCCACCUGGAGCCAUUCUCCAUUGACAAUGUGCUCUUCCUCCUUGUCUCGUAAUGGCAGAGUCUGGAGUUGGUCUCUUCUGGUGGUACUCUGUGGGGUGGGGUCUGCCUUUUGGAGAGGGUGGCUGGCCUCGUUUGGGGGAAGUGGAACUUGACGGUAUCCUAGUAUUCCAGAAAUAGAGAGAUGUGUCGUAUGUUGUGUUGCUGCAGCAUCUCUGGAUGAAGACAAGCCGUGGUAUUCUAUUUUCCCCAUUGACAACGAAGAGCUGGUUUAUGGCCGCUGGGAGGACAACAUCAUCUGGGAUGACGAGGCAAUGGAGAAAGUCUUGACCCCACCCGUUCUGACCCUUGACCCAAAUGAUGAAAAUAUAAUUCUGGGUAUGUCCACAGAACCAUUGUGCUUUCCCUUUGGGCCUACUAGUGGUUGGAGAGAAAAGAUCUCUGGCUUUCUGAAGCAUGGUGAUUUUGUAACUGGGCUUCAAGGUGAAAAAUUUAGGCGGGCUGAGGGAAAUUUUUUCCUCAGCAACCACCUGUCCAAGGGCGGUGAAGCUCGUGCCUUUUCUAUCUCCCAGGAAACUGCCUCUCCUAAUGAAUUCUGGCAAUUGUAGUUAAUAUGAGGAGCCUGAGGAUCUCUUACAGAACUUUCAGUAAACUGUAAUUGCCAAGGUUCUUUUGCAGCAACCAUGACAGUUAACUGCCUCCCCCCCCUUAUUUAAAUUUGCACUGUAGCUAUUUCUAUACUGUAAUGAGCAGUGGGGCUUAAAUUGCAGAAGUAGGGAGUGAGGUAACCUGUUAUAUAAAAGAUCCCAUAGGGAGGAACCGUUGCCUCAGGCUUAAAAAUCCCCAUAAUCUCUGAUAGUUUUAAGUUUAAUGGCUAUUUUUAAAAAAUCAGGCCAUUUAAAAAAUAAUAAUUUUGCAAAUGUAACAGAAUAAAAAUACUGUUAAAUGGUAUUAAAAGAAAGAAUAUUCCAUCAAUCCCGGCUUAACAUCAUAGGUUACUAUAAAUAGUUUCAUGUCCAAAUAGGUACCUAAACGAGAUUGAUGAUUAUAAGCCCUGCAUUCAAAUGGGCUUCUUUUAUGUAUUUUUUCCCCUGAAAUGGAAAUAUCCUUUUAAAUUACAUUUGUGGCUAAAAACUCAUUUGCUUUGUAAAAACAGGUGCAAUACAUUCCUUUGACUGUGUUGACAUUUAUGUCAAAGUGUUACUUAAGAGAAAAAUAAGGAGCCUUGCUAUCUCUGAGCUAAUCAGGUGCUCAAAUGAAAGGUUAGAUAAGAAGGUCCAUAAGAGAAUAAUACAUGGUAAAUAAAUCUACCACAGAAAUUCAAGCCAUUGCAUGUUGACCAUUUGUGUAAGCUUCUACUCUAGCACUGAGCAGGAUAUUGACUGCUUAGCACACUCUCAAAGAAGCACAAUACUGUCCCCCACUGGUAUCAGCUGCCUGCAGAACAGAGGACAGACAGCUAAAAUGGACAGUACUUUUAUCUUCCAGCAGUGUAACACUGUCACAGACAUCGAGAUGACAAAGACACCUGACCACCACUGGAGUCCCUUUUUGUAUUUGAAGUGGCGCUGCGGAUAUCUGCAGGCAAGCAUUCAGAAUCCAAUCUCUUGUAUGUUGCUUCCUAGAAAUUCCUGAUGAGAAGGAAGAGAUGACGUUGAACUCUCCUUCCAAAGAGAGCAAGAAAGAGUCUUCUCUAAAGAAGAGCCGGAUUCUCCUGGGCAAGACGGGAGUCAUUAAGGAAGAGACUCAGCAGGUUUGUGGGAAUGGCUCAGGUCCCGUCCGCCCCCCCCCCCCCACAUAAGAAUGAUGAACAGAAGACGAAUUCUGACUCUUGCUUCCCUGUGUUGCAACUCUAGAAUAUGUCUCAGCCGGAGGUGAAGGAUCCCUGGAACCUCUCAAAUGAUGAAUUUUACUAUCCAAAGCAGCAGGGGCUUCGUGGAACCUUUGGAGGCAACAUCAUCCAGGUUAGAACCAGUAUGGGCAACUCUCUCCAUUUCCAUGUGUGCAUUUAAGUAUGCAAAAUGCAAUAUCUCAGAAUUCCAUCAUUCUGAGAACCAUGUGCCAUCGAAUGGUGUUCCCUGCCUUCGUCGUAGGACAAGGUGCCCUGUGCAGGUAUAACUGGUGACCCAGCUUUCGGUUGGAAGUUUGCAGGGCCUCUUCCCAAAGCUCUGCAUGCUAUAGAAAGCAGCAGGUCCGUGGUACCUAACACCAAGAAAACUAGCGCAAAUAUGCCCAGGAACCUCACCAAAAUUCUGGAGAGGGUGCACCUCCACAGGCACAUACCUCCACAUGUGGUGGGAGUGCCCCAAAUCCAACGAUCUGGACAACAGCCAUACAAGAAAUAAGUAAAAUAACCAAGCAAGUAUUAGAAAUCACCCCAGAAUUGACCUUACUAAACAUCUUCCAAGACAAUAAUGCCCACUUACACCACAAAGAACUCAUAACCCACCUACUUUCAGCAGCCAUAAGCAUCAUAGCCAGACACUGGUGAGACCUGUCAGGAGUAAGCAUGGACCAAUGGUACCAAAUAGUAUGGGAAACAGCCUUACUAGAAAAAUUAACCAAUAAACUGAAACUGACACGGGGACAAAUAGAAGAAGACGCCUUCACCCCGGUAUGGCUCACUUUUAUCACAUACACAGCCCAACAGAACAACGACAAAAAUCCACCAACAGCAUACAGAUCAAUAUGGCUAACCUGAUCCAAAACACCUACCCACCCCACUCACACAUGAAAACAAAGACCACCACAGCCAACCACAAAUGAACAGCCACACCCUAGGCCAACCCCAACCUCUCUCACCACCAAAGGAACACAAGCGAACAGCAGAGAACCUGCACAAUCAACACUGACACCAAACCCUACAUAUAGUAAGUAAAGUAGAAACAUCGCCACCCGACCCCACCCCUACCCAUCUCCCCCCCCCAACCUCUUCCCCCUUUUCUUCCUAAUGUCUCAACAAAUGAAACUGAUUUGUAAAAAUGUUACAUGGGGAAAAAAUACGAGAGACAGACAUUGCAAACACUUUUGUAAAUCAAGAAAAUCUUUAAGAAUAAUAUAAAAAGAUAGCAGCAGGUCCUUUGGGCGGACACAUCCCUCAGCCCCUUCUCUUCCUGUGACUCAGGAUUUCCCUGUUCUGGGAUGGGGAGGUGUCCCUGUGGCUGGCGGUAAUGUGCGUCCUGAUUUUUGUGCCCCCGAGUGACCGCGCACAUGUGCUUUUUUUUGGUGCAGCACUCAAUCCCUGCGGUGGAGCUCCGGCAGCCCUUCUUCCCCACCCACAUGGGCCCCAUGAAGUUGCGCCAGGCUCACCGGCCUCCCCUGAAGAAAUACUCCUUUGGGACCCUUUCCCAGCCCGGCCCUCAUCCGGUGCAGCCGCUGCUGAAGCACAUAAAGAAGAAAGCCAAGGUGAGGCCCUCCCACUUCCUGGUUCUGCUUUGACAGCUGCCACCUUGGCUGCUCUUCACUUUGAGGGGCUUCCCUGCUCUUCCUGGGAUCCCCCGCUUGGGUUUCCGUUGUCUUUUGGUCCCUUGAUAACCUCCUCCUUGCUCCACGCCCAGAUGAGAGAACAGGAGCGGCAAGCCUCUGGCGGCGGGGAGAUGUUCUUCAUGCGCACCCCUGCUGACCUCACUGGCAAGGACGGCGACCUCAUCCUGGCCGAGUACAGUGAGGAGAACGCCCCCUUGAUGAUGCAGGUCGGCAUGGCAACCAAGAUCAAGAACUACUACAAGCGGGUGAGUGCGCUGGGGUUUGGCUGCCGGGGUUUUCAGCUUCUGCAAUUUGAACCUGCCCUUCUGACUUAAUCCUGUCUUCCUUCCUUCCUGGCAGAAACCGGGCAAGGAUCCUGGUGCCCCAGACUGUAAAUACGGAGAGACGGUGUACUGCCACACCUCCCCGUUCUUGGGCUCUCUUCAUCCGGGCCAGCUGCUCCAGGUGAGAGAUUUGACUUUUACAGGGGGCACGGGGAUCAGGAUGGAGUUGGUGUGUGCUUUGAAUUACCACCAGCUGCAAUUGCUUGAGCAGGUGGCCUUUCUAAGGUCUGCCCAUCUCUUUCUCAAUGCAGGUAUUUCGUGUGCAGCAGCAGUAUUAAUUCAUAGAAUCAUAGGACUGUAGAGUUGGAAGGGACCACGAGGGUUUUCUAGUCCAAACUCCUACAAUGCAGGAAUCUCAUCAUCAUCAUCAUCAUCAUCAUCAUAAAUUUAUACCCCACUGGGUAUAAGCUGCCAUUUGGGGCAGCUCCCAACAGAAUAUUAAAAACCCGAUAAAACAUCAAACAUAGAAAACUUCCCUAAACAGGGCUGCCUUCAGAUGUCUUCUAAAAGUCAGAUAGUUGUUUAUUUCCUUGACAUCUGAUGGGAGGGCAUUCCACAGGGCGGGUGCCACCACUGAGAAGGCCCUCUGCCUGGUUCCCUGUAACCUCACUUCUCGCAGUGAGGGAACCGCCAGAGGGCCCUCGGAGCUGGACCUUGGUGAACGAUGGGGGUGGAGACGCUCCUUUAUACUGGGCUGAGACCAUUCUGCCCAGUGUGGGGCUUGAACCCACAACCCUGCGAUUUAAGAGCCUCAUGCGGUACCAAUGAAGCAAUCCAGAAUUCAUUUGCUUAUUAUUUAUUGCAGUAUUAAUAAUCCACAUUUCCUGAAAGUAUAACGAGAGCAGUAUGCAAAAUACAAGAUUACAAUAAAAUCAGGGAAAGUGUCAGGCAAAAACUUCAUUAUUUUUUUUUAAAAUAGCAAGUACUGAUAGGUUAAAAAUAAAUAAAUGUAAAGUCCUGUCUAAACAAUGCAGCUUUUGGAAGACCCCUUAGGGAGGCAGGAGUGUUUACUGCUAAAUCGCUCAGAUUUACACAAGUAAAGUUGUGAUGCAGAACUCAGUCAUGGCUAGGGAGUUUGUCUCUUGAGCAUGGGUGCUUCUUACCCAAGCUACCAGCAGAGGCUGGAGGCUGGGGGUGGGAAAACAAUUUGAUUAAGGCAUCCCAGUUCAUGGCAGACUCGUCCAUGGGCUGCAUCCAGUACCCCACCUGUUCCGUGGCUUCAGAGAGUAUACUUAAAACAUAUGCAGGCAAGCAACCAGUUCUUCCGCUUUCUAUUUUUUUUGCACACCAGUCACCUUUGGGGAAUGGAAAAUGACUUGCUGUGUAGCGAACUUCAGACUCUUAUAUUCAGAAUAUAAAUAUUUUUGUGGUGCUUGCCCAUCUUGGAGCCUGUUGUGUUAUCUCGACUGUCUCUUGGGUUUGGUGGAUAAUCCCAGUGCAUCUCCAGGACUAAAACUGGCCUGUAAGGUUAUGGCAGAUUCCUUUUCUUCCUCUGACUGCUUUUGCAGUUGACCAAAUGGUGGCCCCUUUUUCUUUUCACCAGGCAUUUGAAAACAAUCUCUUCCGGGCUCCGAUCUACCUUCACAAGAUGCCUGAAACAGACUUCUUAGUUAUCCGGACGCGACAAGCUUAUUACAUCCGGGAGCUGGUGGAUAUAUUUGUGGUUGGACAAGAAUGUCCUCUCUUUGAAGUUCCUGGACCCAACUCUAAACGGGCCAAUACUCACAUCCGAGACUUUCUACAGGUUUGUGCAAAUUAUCUCUGCGGCAAGCUCAGGGAAGAGAAGAAUUUUUUUUUUAAGCAAGUUGUUUAGCGCAUACAACUGGUGUUGUCUCAGCUGUGACACACGGGCCUGUGGAAGAGGGCAGACAGUUUAAAAAAGGUCUUUAUACUUGAGAUCAGAUUGGCUAGUAACCUCAGAGUACUUGUCCUCUCUUGCAGUUUGGCUCACUUGCUAGAGACUACUGUUGUUGUUGUUGUCUUAAAAAAGUCAUUAGGUAAAGGUAAAGGGACCCCUGACCAUUAGGUCCAGUCGUGACCGACUCUAGGGUUGCGGCGCUCAUCUCGCUUUAUUGGCUUCCGGGUCAUGUGGCCAGCAUGACUAAGCCGCUUCUGGCGAACCAGAACAGCGCACGGAAACGCCGUUUACCUUCCUGCUGGAGUGGUACCUAUUUAUCUACUUGCACUUUGACGUGCUUUCGAACUGCUAGGUUGGCAGGAGCAGGGACCGAGCAACGGGAGCUCACCCCGUCGCGGGGAUUUGAACCACCGACCUUCUGAUCGGCAAGUCCUAGGCUCUGUGGUUUAACCCACAGCGCCACCCGGGUCUCUAAAAAAGAAGAGGGGGAAAAAGUUCUUAGUACUUUCCAAAAAAAGGAAAACAAUAAAAUUGAGCAAAUCAAAUCAAAAGGUCAUGCACAACAUAGAGAAACCCCAGCUGGCCAGUUUGGCCCUUAGUGGGCAGAGAGGAGCACCGGGCUGGGCCUCACUGGGGGAUCGCCUGGUUCACACCCCCUACUGGCACCGCCUCACACUACGCCCCUGCUUGUAACUCAUACUGUUCCUUGGGAUUCCUUGCCAGGUCUUCAUAUAUCGCCUGUUCUGGAAGAGCAGAGACCGGCCCCGAAGGAUCCGCAUGGAGGAUAUUAAGAAGGCCUUUCCUUCCCACUCAGAGAGCAGCAUCCGCAAGCGGCUGAAGCUCUGCGCAGACUUCAAGCGCACAGGUAGGCUUUGCUAACUUUGCGGUGUCAUGCAAGUGCCCCGUUCCGCCGAGGUGGCCAGUCGCUGAGCGUAGCAUCGUUUUUCUGAGAAGGGGCCACAUCUCGGCAUUCAAGCGCCUUCAUUGCCAGCAGAAGGUCCUGUGUUUUGUCUCUGCCACGAGUGCUGUAACUGCAAUGCCUUCCGACACUUCCCACAUCUGAAAUUUCGUCUGCUUGCUGGUCCUGCUCUUGGGACUAUGAGAGGAGGGAGGGAAUAUUUCCUAGCCUGUCUUAUUGGGGACCCCUGCCUUUUUCAGGGAUGGACUCGAACUGGUGGGUUCUAAAGCCAGAUUUCCGACUCCCCACCGAAGAGGAGAUUAGAGCGAUGGUGUCUCCAGAGCAGUGCUGUGCCUAUUACAGCAUGAUCUCUGCUGAGCAGCGCUUGAAGGUGAGCCUAUGCCUUUUGUGAAUUUCCCCAGUCCUUCUUGGUUGCUUGCUUUUGCGCUUUGCAAGGUAUUUUGAGAGCUGCAAGGCCAUCUUCCUCCUGCCAAUCUCCACCAGUGGGAGAAUCAUAAAGGCAAAGUACCGUACUUUUCUGUGUAUGAGACUAGGUUUUUUUUCUUUUAAAAAUUAUGCUAAAAAGUGGGAGUCGUCUUAUACAUGGAUAGCGCAUAGGGUUGACGUUUGAUUGGUUGCUGCGUCAAGGGCUGGUUUUCCCCCCCCUAUAAUUAAUUUUUAUUCAGUUUCCAAUAUACAUUCCAUCCGUUUUUUACGUCCAUUUCUAACAUCUACCUCUUUUAGACUUCCCCCAGCCUAUCUGACAAUUUCCAUAUUAUCACAAUUACUCGCAUUUCUUAAAUUUAUAUUGCGCUUUAACAAUCUUAGUCUUAUCAUCUCUUUUAAGCAACAUUUCUAUCAAUCAUUUUCACAGAGCUUCUUGAAAGCCAACAAGCGUUAAUUGGUCCUCACAUACAUUUUUGAUAUACUCUGUAAAUUUAUUCAAGGGCUGGUGUUGAUUGGGUGACGCUGUGGCAGUUGGGCAGGCGAUUGGCAGGUUCUGUUGGCAAGGGGACAGAUGAGAGCUGGAUUUUGCGCCGCAUGCGGUUGAGUGAUUUUUGGCAAUCCCCCCUAAAAAAAGCUCAACAACUCAGAGCCAUCUCCCCCCAUUUUCUUAAAUUUGAGUCCCUCAAAAUAGGACCGUCUUAUUCAUGGGGGUGUCUUAUACACAGAAAAGUACAGUACAUGUUGCAGAACCUGGUCAGCGGUGGUGCAGUGGUCAGAAUGUCAGACUAGGACCUGGGAAACAGGGGUUCAAAUCCCCUUCUCAGCCAUGCAGCUCAUUAGGUGACUUUGGGCCGGUCACUGCCUCUCAACCUAAUCUACCUCACAGGGCUGUUGUGAGCUCCUUGGAGAAAAAAAAUGGGAUAUAAAUGCAGUAAACAAAUAAACCUUAAACGCAUCCUAAAUAAACAAUACCGUAUUGGCCUGAAUAUAAGCUGCACCCGUAAGUAAGCCACACCUUUAAAAUUUGGAGGCUUGGGAGCUGCGGGUGGGUGGGCUGGGCGCUGUUGCCUUAUGCUCCUGGACUGCUUCCUGGGGGGUGGGAGUCGCGAAUAUAAGCCGCACUUGAAUGUUUCAUGAUCGGAGUUUGGAAAAAAAGUGUGGCUUAUAUUCAGGCCAAUACGGUAAAUAAAUUUCUUGUUAAGUAGACUAGCCCAAGGGAGUAGAUGAUCCUGUGUCCUCAACUGUCCACCCUGGAGUGUUGUGGACUGACUAGAUGCAAGGGGGGGGGUGGCACUAGUUUGUGAGCCCCCAAGGGAAAGAAGGCUCAGAACCAGGGGAAUGGUGGUGGGGCGACAAUGAGUGGUCAGGGAGGAGGUGGUGUUGGAAACUUGAAGAGGCAAGCGAGUUUAGUGAGAAGGAAGGUGGGACAGAGAGCAGGUCAGAGACAGUUUGUUGAGGAGCGGAAAGCAAAGUAGAGGCAAGCUGCUGAAGAAGCCAGGGAGUCUCCCCCUCCUGUUGCAACCAGCUCCUAUUCCCCCAGGUUUCCAAAACAUGCAGAUAAAUGAAAAGAACAGAGUAGAAAUUGGUUGUAUGCAGAGGCACUUUGGGAAAGACGCUGGAGAGGAGGAGCCUAAGAGUGUGGUGGGAAGGCAGGGACUUUGAAGUUCUUGCGACUGCCUCAUUGUAUUAAGACCUGGGACUCAGCUAGAUUGGCAAAGAAAAAGCGUUCUAUAUGCAUUGUAUAAGCGAUAUAACACUGACACCAGAUGGUGUUGUGGAGUCCCGUCUUUCCUCCCCGGAUUUCCCUGUAUGAAUCUACAAUGCAUUUAACUGAAUCGCUUCUUUGAUGUGCCUAGAUCUAGUCUUACUGGGACCACUAGGCCUGCACUGUUUUGGUUUCUUUGAAUGAAGAGUUAACUGCACAGACAGCGUGGUUGUUGUUGUUUUUCAUUGCUGACCUACGCUUGACUCCAGCUCCUGACAUUCACCUGGCAUAUGGGGGUGUCCCACAUGACUCAGAAAAUUGCUUCCUAACCCUCUCUUUCCUCAGGACGCAGGUUAUGGAGAGAAAUCCUUCUUUGCCCCAGAAGAAGAAAACGAGGAGGACUUCCAGAUGAAGAUAGAUGAUGAGGUACAACUGGUGGUAUCCAGGGUGCAAUAGGGGCCCGUGGGUGCUAGGCCACUGGGGAAGUGGUAAAUGUUCUCAGGUGGAGAUAAUCUCUUCUCACGGCCUCGGUUGCGCAAGCCUGGAGUGACAUGGCUCCCCCUCCCCUUCCUCUCAGGUCCGCACAGCUCCCUGGAACACCACACGGGCCUUCAUUGCAGCCAUGAAGGGGAAAUGUCUCUUGGAAGUGACGGGAGUGGCAGACCCUACGGGAUGCGGAGAAGGCUUCUCCUACGUGAAGAUCCCAAACAAGCCAACGCAGCAGAAAGUAAGUGGAAGGGCCAGGUUAGAAAAGUGUGGAGCAAGGGCCCAUGGUUGUGCGGCAGGUGCUUAGGAGCCGCCUCUUUCUGUUGCUUCCUCCUCUGAUUUGCCGGUGAGGAAGGGAGAAGAAGAUGAGCUUUCCUAUUCUGCCCCCUGAGGUAGUUAGGGGUUAGAUAAUGUUAUGAGGGGCGCGGGUGGUGCUGUGGGUUAAACCACAGAGCCUAGGGCUUGCUGAUCAGAAGGUCGGCGGUUCGAAUCCCUGUGACGGGGUGAGCUCCUGUUGCUCAGUCCCAGCUCCUGCCAACCUAGCAGUUUGAAAGCACGUCAAAGUGCAAGUAGAUAAAUAGGUACCACUCCAGCGGGAAGGUAAACGGCGUUUCCAUGCGCUGCUCUGGUUCUCCAGAAGCGGCUUAGUCAUGCUGGCCACAUGACCCGGAAGCUGUGUGCUGGCUCCCUCGGCCAAUAAAGCGAGAUGAGCGCCGCAACCCCAGAGUCGGCCACGACUGGACCUAAUGGUCAGGGGUCCCUUUACCUUUAAGGUUAAGGAGGUGGCUAGUUUCCUUUGAAGGUGGCUGAGUUUCCAUUGAAAUGAGGCUGCAUUUUAAUUUUAAUGUUUUAAUGUUGUAUUUUAAUCUUGUUUUUAAGUUCUAUUUCAAUCAAUUCGUUUUUAUAUCGGUUGUUAGUCGCCCUGAGCCUGGUCUUGGCUGGGGAGGGCGGGGUAUAAAUAAAAAUUAUUAUCAUUAUUAUUAUUAUUAUUACUAUUAUUAGUCCUGAAGCACGUUUCCUUCCCCAAGCUCUUUGCCCAGGCCUGGGAAGUGGGAGGGUAACUGGAUGGGACUCUGACAGGAAGAGUCCUGCUCUCCUUCUCCUUCAAGCAGGACGACAAGGAGCCUCAGCCGGUGAAGAAGACGGUGACUGGGACGGACGCGGACCUGCGGCGCCUGUCGCUCAAAAACGCCAAGCAGCUUCUGCGCAAGUUUGGCGUUCCCGAGGAGGAGGUGAGUAGGCGCUAUCUCAGGCUUGUGCCCGGACCCUCCCCUCAGCGGUCUUUUUCACUCAGCCAAUCUCUCUCUGCAGAUCAAGAAGCUCUCCCGCUGGGAGGUGAUCGACGUCGUGCGCACCAUGUCCACGGAGCAGGCUCGCUCGGGUGAAACUCCGAUGAGCAAAUUUGCCCGCGGGUCUCGCUUCUCCGUGGCGGAGCACCAGGAGAGGUACAAGGAGGAGUGCCAGCGCAUCUUUGACCUGCAGAACAAGUGAGUUUCUUUGGCCUGUACCACGGGCAUGUGACCUUUUCUGCCAUGCUUCCCCUACCCAUCCUUCUACCAGUCAGUGUUGUCAGUCCUGAGAUAGAUGGACCAGUGUCUUGACUAUGAACCAGAAAAACCUUUAUUUGCACCAGCCACUAGCCACGGCAAUAAAACAAAAUGUGCUAAAGACAGAGGUAAAAAUUUAACCAUGCAAAAUACAUAUUGGAGGUUUACAUCAAUAAUCCAAUAAUAGAUCUUAUUCUAAUUGCUGCCACUAAAAACCUUGCAGUUUUUGCUGACGCCUGAUCAUCAUCAUCAUUAUUUUAUUUGUAUGCCGCCUCUCCACAGUUAAAAACAGUGCUCAAGGCGGCUUACAACAUGACAAGAUUUACUUAAUUACAAAAGUCAUAAUAAAUAAACCACAUAAAAAAAAAAUACACAACCAAAUGGAAAACAAUUUCCACAUAAAUAAAAAUCUAAAACUAAGAAUACAGCAUUAAUAAUGACAUAGGUAAAAAAUAACAGCAAUUUAAAACCAAAAAACCAAAAACGGAGCCCUCCCUGUCCAGCAGCAGCGGCAGCAGUCCUUUAUGGAGCCCGUCAGGCCCCGCCCUAGGCCAGGUGGUGAGUGGCAGGGCGGGGGCCCCGCUGAGCAGGGUCUUGGUCUUUUAAAAGAAAGGAUGCAGUAGCAAUGGUUGAAUGACCCGGCAUGGACAAUAAUAGAGGGGUGAUAACCUCACUCCUCAAAUCUUUACGAAGAGUGCCGACCAGAAGCAGGUGAGCCACUGACUCAAUCAGUGUCCACAUGGACAUAACUGUUUCUCCAGUGGAAGUUUUUGAAAUCAACCCUCAAGUACAGCCGAAGGCAGUAUAUUCAUUCUUGCAAAAGUGAAGGCGCGUCUGUACAGUGGUGCCCCGCAAGACGAAUGCCUCGCAAGACGAAAAACUCGCUAGACGAAAGGGUUUUCCGUUUUUUGAGUCGUUCCGCAAGACGAAUUUCCCUAUGGGCUUGCUUCGCAAGACGAAACGUCUUGCGAGUUCUUGCGAGUUUGUUUCCUUUUUCUUAAAGCCGCUAAGCCGUUAAAAGCCGCUAAGCCACUAAUAGCUGUGCUUCGCAAGACGAAAAAACCGCAAGACGAAGAGACUCGCGGAACGGAUUAAUUUCGUCUUGCGAGGCACCACUGUAUUUUGGAAUUGUUAAAUUUUGCAAAUAGGGUGCCAAAGUGUCUGUUCUGGCUAUGCUUUAGGCCGCUUUCGGUGUCCUAGUGUGUAUAGGAGAGUCACCAGGGCUCUGUGGUUGUGACUCCUUGAAAGCCGCUGCGAUGCUUGUGUUUCCGCCCUCCUGUUUGCGGCCCAGUGCCUUACAUGCUACAAACCCAAAGAGGUUGACCCCGGUGGUGGUUUUCUUCUUCAGGGUCCUAGAGUCUACGGAGAUCUUAUCCACGGACACCGACAGCAGCUCUGCGGAGGACAGCGACUUUGAGGAGAUGGGGAAGAACAUUGAGAACAUGCUCCAGAACAAGAAGACCAGCUCCCAGCUGUCGCGGGAGAGGGAGGAGCAGGAGCGGAAGGAACUGCAGAGGAUGCUGAUGGGAGAGGACAGCAUCAACGAGAAGGAGAGGGGCAAGAAAGACAGGAAGGACAAGAAAGGGCUCUGUGAGUGCCUGGCAGGGGCAGGAAGGUCCCCAGAUAGGGGGCAGCUCUGGGAUCCAGCUAUAGUCUUAAUGCAGCAGCAGCUGUGGCAUUCCUGGUGUUCUUGGACUCCAACUCCCAGCAUCCUUUGCCAGUAUGGCCCAAUCCUCAGGGAUGAUGGGAGUUGUGGUCCAGAUAUAAAGUAAAGGUAAAGGACCCCUGACAGUUAAGUCCAGUCGCGGACGACUCUGGGGUUGCGGUGCUCAUCUCGCUUUACUGGCUGAGGAAGCCGACGUUUGUCCGCAGACAGUUUUUCCAGGUCAUGUGGCCAGCAUGACUAAGCUGCUGCUGCCGAAACGGAGAUGCCGUUUACCUUCCCGUCGCAGUGGCACCUAUUUAUCUACUUCCACUAGUGUGCUUUUGAACUGCUGGGUUGGCAGGAGCUGGGACCGAGCAACAGGAGCCCACCCCGUUGCGGGGAUUCGAACCACCAACCUUCUGAUCGGCAACCCCUAGGUUCAGUGGUUUAGACCACAGGGCCACCAACGUCCAGAUAUAGCUAUAGCUAUAUAUAGCGGUACCUCGGGUUAAGUACUUAAUUUGUUCCGGAGGUCCGUUCUUAACCUGAAACUGUUCUUAACCUGAAGCACCACUUUAGCUAAUGGGGCCUCCUGCUGCCGCGGCGCUGCCGGAGCACGAUUUCUGUUCUCAUCCUGAAGCAAAGUUCUUAACCCGAGGUACUAUUUCUGGGUUAGCGGAGUCUGUAACCUGAAGCGUAUGUAACCCGAGAUACCACUGUAUAGCUCUCUCUCUCUCUUUCUCUUUUGUGCAUGUGUGUGUACACAGAGAAACUAAACAAAUGCCACAUAACACUGGGAUAGUCCAGAGGGCUUCUUCAGAUGGUGGGCAGUGUAUAAGGGACAUAGUAUUUAGGUCUUUGGGCAUUUAAGGCUUAUAGAGAAAGGGAACUUGGACAGUGGGAACGAGAGCUUGCUGAAGGUGCUCUCCUGGGGUGCACAUUGCUUAAAAGGUGCAUGGUUUAAUGGGGGGGUGGUGGCGGUUCCUGUGUGCUCUCUGCUGGACGUCCAGUCCCGAGGUCUGCCUUUGCCCCUUCCCAUUGGAUACUGGAGACACUAGGCAUUUCGGUUUCCGCAUGGAGAACUCACCGCCUUGGCUUGUCCCCUCGGCAACGCAGCCCGUGUUUUUCCUUGCAGCCUCCACCCCUGGCAGCCUGGGAGGGUCUCACAAAGAUGACGACACAGCUUCUGUGACCAGCCUGAACUCCUCCGCCACGGGCCGCCGCUUGAAAAUCUACCGCACUUUCCGCGACGAGGACGGGAAGGAGUACGUGAGGUGCGAGACGGUCCGCAAGCCCGCAGUCAUCGAUGCCUACAGCAGGAUACGGACAACCAAGGAUGAUGAGUUCAUGUAAGGGCAUUCCAGAGACGCUGCUUUCCUCUUGGGAGUGACAUGUCGAUAGGGUGGGAAUCUCCUUGCCAAAGGAGAGUGGCGAGAGGCCAGAAAACGUGCAGUUUGUUUAUAUUUGUUCCUUAAAAAAAAAAGUUGCAUCCUGCCUUCGUGUCUUUUUCUACUUGGAAAAAAAUACACACGGGCAGGAUACAGCAAAUAAGAAAAUAUGGAACCAGCACAAGGAGUCAGGCAGAGUGAAUCAAAUUGGGCAGCAGCCAACAUUGUAGUCCAGAGGUGAGGAAUCUGUGGCCCCAUCAGAUGUUGUUGGACUCCAAAUCCCAUCAGCCCUAGCGGGCAUAGCCAGUGGUCAAGGAUGAUGGGAGCUGUAGUCCAGCAACAUCUGAAAAGCCCAUAUGCCUAGUUUUUGUUUAUCUGUGUGCCUUAAUGCUUAGUGGCCGGCCCUACCGUUAGGCCAGGGAAGCCUGUGGUCAUCUGGAAGCUGCUGGCUAUACACAGCUCCCAUCAGGGCUUGCCAGCAGAGCCAAUUGUCUGGGAUGAUGGGAGGUUGAGUCCCACAACAUCAAAUUCCCUCGCCUUUGUGUUUCCAGCCGGAAGUUUGCCCUCUUUGACGAGCAGCACCGGGAGGAGAUGCGGAAAGAGAGGCGCCGGAUCCAGGAGCAGCUGCGGCGGCUCAAACGAAACCAAGAGAAGGAGAAGCUGAAGGGUCCUCCUGAGAAGAAGCCCAAGAAGAUGAAGGAGCGGACAGACCUUAAGGUAAGCUGUCUCUCUUGAAAACUUUGGCUGCCUCUGGGUCCUUCUCUUGUGGUCUUUAAAUUUUAAAAUAGGGACGCAGGUGGUGCUAUGGGUUAAACCACAGAGCCUAGGGCUUGCCAAUCAGAAGGUUGGCUGUUCGAAUCCCCGCGACGGGGUGAGCUCCCGUUGCUCGGUCCCUGCUCCUGCCAACCUAGCAGUUUGAAAGCACGUCAAAGGGCAAGUAGAUAAAUAGGUACUGCUCCGGCGGGAAGGUAAACAGCGUUUCCAUGUGCCGCUCUGGUUCACCAGAAGCGGUUUAGUCAUGCUGGCCACAUGAUCUGGAAGCUGUACGCCAGCUCCCUCGGCCAAUAAAGCGAGAUCAGCGCCGCAACCCCAGAGUCGUCCGCGACUGGACCUAAUGGUCAGGGGUCCCUUUACCUUAACCAGCUGUUGUGUUUGUGGAAGAAAAGUAAGCAUGCAUGGCAGCAUCUCAGAAACCAGAGUGUGGGCCUUAACAGGUGGUGCUUGGUGGUGUUAUCCUGUUCUUGCCCCCUCCUCAAAGUCUUGCAGGAGCAGCAUAAAUUCUGCAAGGAAGGAAAUGUGUAGCCCAGCUUAGUUGAGAGACUUUGUUGAAUUUAGAUUGCAUAGCUGCAGAAUUCAUAUAUUUUUUUUAAAAAAUCCCAGAAUGGUAGCCAUGCAGCUAAAUUUUUUUUUACUGUGGCACCUUAAGACUAACACAUUUUAUUAAGGCAUAAAAUAUUGUGGGCACAAACCCCCUUUGUCAAAAGCAUUAGGUGAAAGUUGGCAGUAAGAAAGCAAAAAUUGUAAUAAGUUUCAACUCUAGUUUAUCACAGACUAGUUUUUUUUGCAUCUCCUUGCCAUUCGGCUCCCACCUUAAAAGUCUCUCCUUUAUCUACCUCCCAGCUAAGAACUCCAUGCCACUGACAGGGUGAUCUUGAAUCCACAAAAGAUGACAGCAUAAUAAAUUUGUUAGUCUUUAAGUGUGCCGCAGGACUCUUUAAUUUUUUUAGCUACACGGCUACCUAUCUGGGAUUUCCUUCCCCUAAAUCUGGAUUCUGCAGCUAUGCAACUUAGUAUGUACACAAUUUAGCUUUAAGCUGCUUCUGUGUUGCUGGUGGUGCAGUUGAUGAAAGCCCUGCCUGUGUCCCUUGAGAAAUCUCCCCCCUUUUUUUUUGCUUCUGGAGUCAAGCCGUCACCCCAUUGCUUUUGCUUGCAGUUAAAGUGUGGCGCUUGCGGUGCCAUUGGCCACAUGCGGACCAACAAAUUCUGCCCCCUCUACUACCAAACCAACGCUCCGCCCUCCAACCCCGUUGCCAUGACGGAGGAGCAGGAGGAGGAGCUGGAGAAGACCGUCAUCCCCAACGAUAACGAGGAGCUGAUCAAAGUGGAGGGGACCAAGAUCGUCUUGGGGAAGCAGCUCAUCGAGAGGUGAGAGGCGUUUGACAUCAUCUCACAGAUAGGGGAGUCUUCUGGAUCAGGGCCAUAGCCCAUCUAGUCCAAGCAUCCUAAUCUCACAGUGGGGACCCAAAAGUCUGUGGGAAGCGGGUGGCGCUGUGGGUUAAACCACAGAGCCUAGGACUUGCCGAUCAGAAGGUCGGCGGUUCGAAUCCCUGCGACGGGGUGAGCUCCCGUUGCUCGGUCCCUGCUCCUGCCAACCUAGCAGUUCGAAAGCACAUCAGAGUACAAGUAGAUAAAUAGGUACUGCUCUGGUGGAAAGGUAAAUGGCGUUUCCGUGUGCCGCUCUGGUUCGCCAGAAGCGGCUUAGUCAUGCUGGCCACAUGACUCGGAAGCUGUACGCCGGCUCCCUCGGCCAAUAAAGCGAGAUGAGCCCCAGAGUCGGCCACGACUGGACCUAAUGGUCAGGGAUCCCUUUACCUUACCUUUUAUUCAGAAGCAUUACUGGUCAUAUCCAUUGUGGUUUGUAGCCAUUGACAGAGCACCACCGUCAUGCGGUCUCCUGUGGGAGCAAGUUCCAUACUUUAACUAUGCGUUGCAGGAAUAAAUGCCAAAUCUUCCACCAUUCAGCUUCAUUGAAUGGCCACAAUUUCUACUGUUACCAGAGAGGAGCAAAAACUUUCUCCUAUGCCAGUGGUUUUUAACCUUUUUGAGUCCACAUCUCCCUUGACCAAUCAUUCUUUCUGCGGCUCCCCUCCGGAAGCCACUUACCCUGGGGUUCCUUUGCAGUAAGUGGGGAUUUCUCGUUCUGCUUCUGCCCUGCUCCUUUCUGGCACCCUUCUGGGCACGCAGGUAACUGCCCUAAGUAGAAUAACAGGGUUGUGUCCUGUGUUCAUCAUAAUCCAGAGCGGACCCAAAGAAUGAAUAUGCCUCAUUUAGGCUUGUUAAUUUUAGUGGAUCUGCUCCAAGUAGUACUUAGUCGGAAGAGGUCUUUUAGAUCAUCCAGCUCAGGCAUAGGCAAACUCAGCCCUCCAGAUGUUUUGGGACUACAAUUCCCAUCAUUCCUGACCACGGGUCCUGUUAGCUAGGGAUCAUGGGAGUUGUAGGCCAAAAACACCUGGAGGGCCGAGUUGGCCUAUGCCUGAUCGAGCUCAAACGUUUUGCUCAGCAAUGAAUCCGUAAAUGGUAAAACCAUGAAAUGGUGUGACCCGUCAGUCGGGAGCGUUGCAGAGAAGAAAUGCCGUUGCCCAAAGAUCAUCAGCGAAGAUGCCUCAUGGGUCUGUUUGGCAAGGCUGUUCCCAAAAAGAGAAGGCCAUUGGAUAAUUGAAGAGAUGGCUCACAUACCACCCAUUGCACAGGGUGCAAGGCAGUUAACCAGCAAGGUAAAGUAAAAAGAGUCCAAAACACCCAUAAAAUAACAUAAUCCUUUAAAAAUAGCCAUGCAACAGCUCAUAGUAAAGGUAAAGGGACCCCUGACCAUUAGGUCUAGUCGUGACCGACUCUGGGGUUGUGGUGCUCAUCUCGCUUUAUUGGCUGAGGAAGCCGGCAUACAGCUUCCGGGUCAUGUGGCCAGCAUGACUAAGCCACUUCUGGCAAACCAGAGCAGCGCACGGAAACACCGUUUACCUUCCCGCCGGAGCAGUACCUAUUUAUCUACUUGCACUUUUGACGUGCUUUUGAACUGCUAGGUGGGCAGGAGCUGGGACGGAGCAACGGGAGCUCACCCCAUCGCAGGGAUUCGAACCGCCAACCUUCUGAUCGGCAAGUCCUAGACUCUGUGGUUUAACCCACAGCUCAUAACAAGUCACUAAACGUCAAUUACUAAUAGCAGGAGCAGCAACUGGCUGACGCACAAGGUAGAAUUGGUAGCACCUUUGUGAGCUGACCUGUGGUGGGGUUACAGGUCUUCAACUUACAGCUCCUUUGACCCCAGACUAGACCCACUGAAAGAGUAAACGGGCUUCUUGCUGUGCUUUGUGGUUGACUCAGUCCCUCCCAGAGUGGCGGCUAGACGCACCAAAGGAAGAGGGGGGUGCAAGCUUACAGCUCACGUCUCUCCCCUCUCUCCUUGCAGCGCGGAUGAAGUUCGCAGGAAGUCUUUAGUGCUGAAGUUCCCAAAACAGCAGCUCCCACCGAAGAAGAAACGGCGCGUCGGGACCACAGUUCAUUGCGACUACUUGAACGUGAGCCCUUCCCUGACUCUUGUGCUCCUUCCCCCUGCCCACGGUCAGUCUGGGAGACGGUUGCAGGGACACAAGGACAUACUUCAAGCCUCGGUCAGAGGGCCAGUAGGCUGCAAGCUGGCCACAGCUAGGGGGCAAUCCCUCCCCUAAAGAGCAGAGACCAGCUGAAUGCUUGGCGAUGCUCUUUGUCAAGAUCUUUGUGCAAACCUUGGAAGGGUCUUUAGCGCGUCGCUUCUGUCUCUUUCAGCGGCCUCACAAAUCCAUCCACCGGCGUCGCACCGACCCCAUGGUGACUCUGUCCUCUAUCCUGGAAAGCAUUAUCAAUGAGAUGCGAGAUCUUCCCAAUGUAAGACCUCUUUCCCUGCGGGGUUUGAUUUUGGCCUCUUCUCGUUGAAUGUUGCGUGCAGAGGCAAGGCGGCUCUUUGCUUCCCAGGUAUCGGGAGGACCAGCUCCUUGGUUGGAUGGGAACAACAGAAAACCUGAUUUAUGAGAUUUUUUGUACAGGGUUUUGUAGGAGAUUUUCUACAGGGUGUCCAAACUGCCCUUUGUCCAAAGAAUGCAGGGUGGUUCACAAUGUAAAAGUAGAAAAUGAGAACACAAAAUACGUAAGAAAAACAAGGUGAAGAAAAACAAGGUGAAACAAGGUGAUUUUCACCUCGAAGGUGAAAUGUGUAAAACAAAGCUGUCAACGUUUCCCUUUUUUUAAGGGAAAUUCCCUUAUUCCAAAUAGGAUUCCUCACAAGAAAAGGGAAAAGUUGACAGCUAUGGUGUAAAACGUUUCUCAUAGGGAGGAUGCCUGCUUGGAAUGGCUCUGGUAGCCUUUUGGGGCAGGCGGGCUGUUUUCUGCCCUCUGCCUGGCAAGCAAUGCUUUUAUGUUGCUGUACGCAGCCCUGAUACCUUAAGGGAAAGUGGUGUGCAAAGAUGCAAAAGGGAAGCUCACCUUCCUUUCGGGUUUUCCUCUGCUUCUCUCAGACAUAUCCCUUCCACCAGCCUGUUAACGGGAAGGUCGUCAAAGAUUAUUACAAGAUCAUCACGAAGCCAAUGGACCUGCAGACCUUGCGAGAAAACGUCCGCAAACGCCUUUACCCAUCCCGCGAAGAAUUCCGGGAGCAGGUGGAGCUGAUCGUGAAGAACAGUGCCACAUACAAUGGUGAUGGUUAAUUAGUUUUCUUUUUUUAAAAAAUGAAAUAAACACUUCUCUUCUCCUGAGCUCCUUGCAUGAAGUGUCCCAGCCUUAAAACACUAGUCGUGGCAACUGGGGCAGUGACCUGAUGCUCUUCCUGAGGAGGCAAAGGGUGGCUUUUAACUAUUCAUUUGUAAGGCUGCCUGGGACCAAGGAAAUUCCUUCUGAUGUUCACCUGCUUUACGUUGCAACCCAUUUUAUGCUUUAAAGUGCCAUAUUUUUCUCUCUAUAAGACACACUUUUCCCCUCCAAAAAUUAAGGGGAAAUGUGUGUGCGUCUUACAGAGCGAAUGCAGGCUGCGCAGCUAAGCCCAAAGCCAGAACAGGGAGACGGAGUGCUGCGCAGCGCUCCGUCUCACUGUUCUAGCUUGGGGUUAGCUGCGCAAAGCCUCCACAGGGCAGCGGGGUGCCUUCACCCCGCUACCCUGCGGAGGCUACAAACGCUGUCCCCGAAGCCUCAAGCCUUUGGAGUGCAGCAGGUCCUCGCGCUGCGCUCCAAAGGCUUCAGGGAUCUUUGAGGCUGGCGGUGGGGGAAAGCAGCGCAAUGGCUGUGCGCAGCCUUUGCGCUGUUCCCCGACCUGCUCUUUGGGGCUGGCGGUGGGGGAAGCGCUGCCAGCCCCAAAGAGCAGGUUGAAAGGAACCUGAAGCCUCCAGAGCGCAGUGGUAACUCCCGCUGCGCUCAGGAGGCUUUGGGUGAAUGCACCUUGAAUGCACCUUGUUUUAGAGGGGGAGAACGAGAAUUUUUUUCCCCCUGUUCUCCCCCUCCUAUGGUCCGGUGCGUCCUACAGAGUGAAAAAUAUGGUAUUUGUCCUAUCUUCAUUAGGUGUCCAGCUCUUUCCUUGACUGACAGCCUUACAUAUUUGUAGCUUGCCAGCAUAUUUCCUUCCUGCAGUUUCCUGGUUUUCCUCUUCUCUCGGUGUGGCUGAUUUCCUUUCCUCUCCUUGUCCGAUUUAUCAGCAGGAUCGGCACCUACGUUGCCUCGGGUGAUUUUCAGUUAGAACUGAACUAGUCCUUCUGGACUACUUAGGAAGAGCUGUGAUACCUCCUCCUUUUCUUUGGUUCUGUGAUCUCCCUGCAGCUUGCUUUGCCUGUCGCUUCUCAGUCUCCCUCCCACCAAAGGGCAGCCUUUGCCAAUCUGAUGCCUUCCCAGAUCUUUUGGACUACAACUCCCAUCAGUCCCAGACCUUACUGGCUUGGGCUGAUGGGAGUUGCAGUUCCAAAACACCUGGGGGGACACCAGCUGGUUGCAAAAGGGGAGAGUCUGCUCCCUGAGACUCUUGAUGAGUCUGAGUUAGCUCUCCAUGCCACUGGGAGAUGCGACUAACCUAGCCAUAUGGAAUCUUAAACUUCUGAUUCUCCUUUCAACCUAGCAAGGCUCUCAAGGCAGCUCGCAACAGCGGCACCCCACAAUAAAUGUUUCUGUUGUGUGUGUAAUAAACAAAAAUCUGCCCUUAUUCCCUUAUGGGGGACACCAGAGCCCUAUUAGAGUCCUUUGCAGGUUCUCCAUCGGUCAGAGAAAAUAAGAGGACAACCAGAGAAUAUUGAGAAGCAAAGCAGCUUGUAAGCCUGAUCUUUAUUGAGCUGUUGCAACAGGGUGCUCCCCUCACCCGCAAAGGAGAGGAGGAGGACCCACAACCAAGGUGUGCCUGCCCUUAUAUAGACAUUUUAAUUUCCCUGCCCUGGAGCUCAAGACCACCCCUCUAUACAACAUACAUACAUCACAGAAGGGGGGUAACCCAAGACCACCCCCCACAAACAUCAUACCUACAUCACAGAAAAGGUGGUCUACAACAGAAAUUUGAAUGUUAUUGUUUUUUCCUGCCAGGUUAUCUGAUAAUGCCUUAUCUGAUUGCCUUUCGUGGUAGUCUGCCCAUUCCUUUUAGAUGGUGAUUACCCAAUUCCUGAAACAAUGGGAAGGCUCCUCCACUCCCUCCCUCCUUGCAGAGAAAACAUUUGGUCAGUUGAGGAGUCAAAAUGGUUUCAGGGCGGUCUUCCUGUGCUGCUCCAGACAUGUGGUCCACAUAUCUAUGUAUGCGCUUGGUUGGUACAUUUAUGAACAUUAUAUAUAUACACACAAGACCUUAACUUUUUUAUUUCAUGUGUUUGCAGGCCCAAAGCACUCUUUGACACAGAUCUCUCAAGCAAUGCUGGACCUCUGUGACCAAAAAUUAAAAGAGGCAAGUCAGGGUGUGGAGGGAGGGAGAGAUUGCUUGUGGUUUUGCGACCAACGCAGGACUGCUCACAGUGAAAGCCACUCUCCAGGGGGAGACAUUCCUAAUUCUUCCUGGAAAUGCCAAGGAUUGAACUCUGCCAGUGAGCUGUGGUCCUUUCUAGUGUGCAGCCAAUUUUUGGGUGUGCGUGUUAUAAAGGAGUAUGCUGUGAAUCUGUGCGCAUUUCUGUACUUUUGUGUCCCUUUCAGAAGGAAGAUAAACUGGCUCGCUUAGAAAAGGCAAUUAACCCCCUACUGGAUGAUGACGACCAAGUGGCCUUCUCCUUCAUUCUGGACAACAUUGUCACCCAGAAGAUGAUGGCUGUUCCUGAUGUAGGUCUGCCCCGGCAUAUUGUGGUGGUCCCCUUCUGUGGUUUCCAGCAGCUGGCAUUCGGAAACAUUGGUGCCUCCAUCUCUGGAAGGCAGAGCAUAGCCAUUCUGGCUAGCGGCCAUCAAUAGCCCUCUCCCCUAUGAAUUUGUCUAAUUCUUUUUAAAGGCCUGGUGGCCAUCUCUGCCUCCUGUGGGAGCAAGUUCCAGUUUAACUACAUGCUUCCCAUAGAAGUACCGUAUUUUUUGCCCUAUAGGACGUACUUUUUCCCCUCCAAAAAUGAAGGGGAAAUGUGUGUGCGUCCUGUGGGGCGAAUGCAGGCUUUCGCUGAAGCCUGGAGAGCGAGAGGGGUCGGUGCGCACCGACCCCCCUCGCUCUCCAGGCUUUGCACAGCUCUCCGCAAGCCACGGGAGCCCAGCGCCCAGCUCCCACCGCUUGCGGAGAGUUGCCUGCAUGCUGAAGCCUGCGCGCGCUGAGCUCAGCGCGUCCAGGCUUCGUGCAUCUCUCAGCAAGCUGGGCUCCCACGGCUUGCAGAGAGUUGCCUGUUUGGGGGCUGGGGUCGGGGGAAGCUUGGGCUUCCCCCGCCCCAGCCCCACGCCUGGGGGGGAAAUAAUCCCCCCCCUUUAUUCCCCCCGCCAAAAAAACUAGGUGCGCCUUAUGGGACGGUGCGUCCUAUAGGGCGAAAAAUACGGUACUUUCAUCCAACGGCAUUUCCAUGCGCUCUGGUUUCCGUCACAGUGUUCCAUUGUGCCAGAAGCGGCUUAGUCCUGCUGGCCACUUGACCCGGAAAGCUGUCAAACUCCGGCUCCCUUGGCCUGAAAGCGAGACGAGCUCCACACCCCAUAGUUGCCUUUGACUGGAUUUAACCAUUAAUGGGUCCUUUACCCUUUGCUUUUUCUUCUAACAUUCAGCUUCACUGAAUGCCCUAGAGCUAUGAGAGAGGGAGGAAGCCCUUUUUCUAUCCACAUUUCUACACGCUGUGUAAAAUUUUAUUUCAGGCUUCCUCAACCUCAGCCCUCCAGAUGUUUUGAGACUACAGUUCCCAUCAUCCCUGACCACUGGUCCUGCUAGCUAGGGACCAUGGGUGUUGUAGGCCAAAAACAGCUGGAAGGCUGAGGUUGAGGAAGCCUGUUUUAUUUCCUUUUAUAUAUAUAAAAAUUUCUAUCAUGCUAUCUCUUACUUGCCUUUUCUCUAGGCCAAAAAGUCUGGAGUAUUCUUAUCCCUGUAUUUAUUUGGGUUUGGCUAAAAUGGUGUAGCAGACCGCAAGCAAACCACCAGAGGAUUUGGGAUUUGCUGGCAGCUGCAGGAAAUGGGUUGUUUCCUUUAGGUUCAGCUAGGUGUUCUGCAAAAGCCUUCCAGUGUCUCUUGAAGAUGCAUGAAGCCCACAGCUUGUGCCCAUUUAACUUCUGUGCAUUCGGCUGUAUGCGCUUGGCAAUUAAAAAAAGCACCCAUAAAAUAAAAGGGGGUGGGCAUGCAGGGGAAAAGGCUUGGGUAGUCCUACCCACCAUUGCAUCCAAUGUGUUCUGACUGUAUGUGAUUUUGGCUUUGGGCGUGGUUCCUGUAACACAGAUCCCUCGUAAAUUGCGGGUUUCCUGAACCGGAUGCAGUUCACUCUGCAAGAGCGGCUUGCUCAUCAUCUCUCUUGCCCUCUUGUCGCUUGCAGUCUUGGCCCUUCCACCAUCCUGUAAACAAGAAAUUCGUGCCAGAUUAUUACAAAGUCAUUGUCAGCCCGAUGGACCUAGAGACAAUCCGGAAGGUGCGUACUGUGCUUUUACGUUUUACUGCCUUUUGUAAACCACUUAAGAGGUUCUUUUAUGACUGAGCAUCAGAUAGGUUUUGUCGAAUAAGAUAAACAAACCCUUAGCAGCGAAGCAAAGGCCCCGGCUGGCUGGCUGGCUGGCUGUAUUUUAAAUCUUAAAGUACCGAGAAUAGAAACUCAGUAUGGAAAUAUAUGGGCUGAGGGCGAAGUACAGUGGUACCUUGGUUCUCCAACUUAAUCCAUUCUGGAAGUCCGUUCCAAAACCAAAGCGUUCCAAAACUAAGGCGCGCUUUCCCAUAGAAAGUAAUGCAAAAUUGAUUAAUCUGUUCCAGACUUUUAAAAACAACCCGUAAAACAGCAAUUUAACAUGAAUUUUACUAUUUAAUGGGACCAUUGAUCCAUAAAAUGAAAGCAAUAAACAAUGUACUGCAGUCACACAAUCAGUAGCGGAACCGGGUUCCACACAGCCACAAAAACAAAAACGCAAAAUAAAUACAGUGGUGCCUCGCAAGACGAAAUUAAUCCGUUCCGCGAGUCUCUUCGUCUAGCGGUUUUUUCGUCUUGCGAAGCAACCCUAUUAGCGGCUUACCGGAUUAGCGCUAUUAGCGGUUUAGCGGCUAUUAAAGGCUUAGCGGCUUAGCGGCUAAAAGGCGCUAAGCAAGCCCAUAGGGAAAUUCUUCCUGCGAAGCGCAUCGAAAAACGGAAAACCCUUUCGUCUAGCGGGUUUUCCGUCUUGCGAGGCAUUCGUCUUGCGGGGCACCACUGUAGCAAAAACAGCCAGACCCCAGUGUAACACUCAAAAUGGAAGUGCGGUGCUCAAAUUGGAAGCAUAACACUCAAAACGGAGCACAUUCUGCUUCCGAAAAAACUUUGCAAACUGGAACACUUACUUCCGGGUUUGCAGUGUUUGGGUUCCAGGUUGUUUGAGUACCAAGGCGUUUGAGAACCAAGGUACCACUGUCAUUCUGUUUCCUUAGCCUCAGCCACCAGCUGCUGAUUUGGGGGCCAAAAAGUCAUGAGGAGAAAUAAAAAACCCAGAGACAUGUCCUGCCUUUGGAUAACUCUGGCUUGGGUCCUGUUGAGUGUGUGUGUGUGUGUGUGAGAGAGAGAGAGAUGGGGAGCAGCAGCUUCACAUUUGAAAGGAUCCCCAGAAUGCUGAGAUCCUACAACGGGGCGUGAGGAAAGAAGUGGCCCCUAGUUGGCCCGGAGGGGUAAAGGACAUUUUGCAGGCCAGAAUCAAAAGACUUCACACCGACUCCUUAAAGUUCUACACUCCCGCCUUGCCUCCUUUCUGUUCAUUCUAGAACAUUUCCAAACACAAAUACCAGAACCGAGAAGUCUUUCUGGAUGACGUGAACCUGAUCCUUGCCAACAGCAUCAGAUACAACGGUGAGCAACCCCUUGGGCUCUGUGCCACAUCUGUAGCCCGUUGACGCAUGUUUGUGGAGAGUUUUCAGGGCGAGAGCUGAGCCUGACUCCACAUCUCAUGAAGACAUCAAUAAGUCUCUUUUCCUAAAACGUGGCUGGGUCCCUUGAUGAAAGUUGCUUCUUCCUUCUGGCCGCUCUCCUGUUACGCUUCUUUAGCUCCUGGGGCCCAUUCGUACUCUGUGAGUAGGCACAAACAGGACAGAGGGAUAACUUAUUCCAAAGCCUCGGGGCUCUAAUCUGUCUUCCCCCAAAGCAAUGUAUUUAUCGGUCCUCCGAGAUCAAUUUUGGUGACAGUAGCAAAAGCUGGGGAGGUGGAAAGCUUUAACUCCCUCCACUCAACCCAGUGCCCUGGCGGGGAUGUAGCUUACUCUCCCCACCCCCCAUCAUCAGAUUGAUAAUUUGAUGCAUGUGAAAGGGGGGGGGACCCCUUUCAGCCAGCUGUUGGGAGGAGCUGCAUGUCUGGUGUGUGUGCAAGAAUGUGCAAAAGACCACAUCCACUACAGGCAAACCAUCCCUGGAGGAUUAGCAAGAAAACCAAGAAACAUGAGCUGCCCCUGGAAGAGGGGACGGGUUUUACUUAAAUCUCAAGGGCUAUUAGGACCCUCGUACCUACGGGACCGCCUCUCCCGGUAUGCCCCACGGAGAGCCUCAAGGUCCAUAAAUAGCAACACCCUAGAGGUCCCGGGCCCUAAGGAAGUUAGAUUGGCUUCAACCAGAGCCAGGGCCUUUUCAACACUGGCUCCGGCCUGGUGAAACGCUCUGCCUCAUGAGACCAGGGCCCUGCAGGAUCUGAUUUCUUUCCGCAGGGCUUGUAAGACAGAGUUGUUCCGCCUAGCCUUUGGCUUGGAGCCAGUUUGAUUCCCUCCCUCUCUUUUUUCCUUUCCUUCUCCUCCUGCGAUGAGGCUACAUUUUAAUAUUUUAAUGUUUCAAUAUUUUAAUGUUGUAUUUUAAUUUUGUUUUUAAGUUGUAAUGAUUCAACUUGUUUUUAUUAUUGCUUGUAAGCCGCUCUGAGCCCGGCCUUGGCUGGGGAGGGCGGGGUAUAAAUAAAAAUUAUUAUUAUUAUUAUUAUUAUUAUUAUUAUUAUUAUUAUUAUUUAAGUGUGCUGUGGGGCAGGGCAGAUUCAGGAGUCCUACAGGGCCAGAGCUCAAGGAGAUCUUGUAAAUUUUGGCUGGCUGAGACAAGCAGCUUCCCAGGAAAAGAGUCCUUGAAAGAUAUCACUCUCAGUUGCCACAGUUGCACACUGGCAAAGCUUUGGAAAGCUCUAGGUGUGUACAGUGAGUGGUACCUCUGGAUGUGAACAGGAUCCGGCCCUGUUCACAUCCUGAAGCGAACGCAACCCGCACCUGCACGUCACGAUUCACCUCGUCUGCGCAUACGCGUGACGUCAUUUUGAGCCUCUGCGCGAGCAGCGAAACCUGGAAGUAAUGCGUUCUGUUACUUCCGGGUCGCCGCAGAGCGCAACCCAAAAACGCUCAAUCCGAAGCAUGACUGUAUCGCAAAAGCAGUACUUACCUGUAUCUCUGCUUCCUUGAAAUGAAGAGGGCCAUGGGAACUAGUGGCUUUCUCCUGGGCUCAGGUAUCAGCGGGCCAGCACUAAGGAGAUGUGGUUUUUUCCUUUGUUUUUCCCCAUUUCAGGGCCUGACAGCCAAUACACAAAAACAGCUCAGGAGAUUGUGAACAUCUGCUACCAGACGCUGGCAGAGGUAAGUGGCCCAGCAAGCUGAGCCUGCCAAGGACCGCUUUGAAUUCUCGACAGCCUCCGCAAACGCUUCUCUCUCUCUGUUCGCUCCUUCAGUAUGAUGAGCACCUGACCCAGCUGGAGAGGGAUAUCUGCACUGCCAAAGAAGCGGCCUUAGAGGAGGCAGAUCUGGAAAGCCUUGACCCGAUGACCCCUGGGCCCUACACUCCCCAGGUGAGGCUCCCCACCAAAGCUUUUUCCCAGGACCCCCUUUUGCUCUCAAAUGCUGUGGCCCGAGCAUGGGGUGCGGCUGCAGCAGAAGAUUGUGCAUGCUUGUGGAAAGGGUUUGUUUUAUUAGAUUUCUGAGCCACAGGCUUGGCCUAGUAGCACCGGGAGGCGUCUGGUUGGGAAGGAGCCUUUGGGAGAGACUGUUGUUCUGCUAAACCAGUUCUCUCCAGCAGCUUAGACAGGGAGGAGAUUCUCCUAUCACCAGCUCCUUUUUUAAACUGGAGAGGCCAGAGAUUGAAUCUGGAAUUGGUGGCAUACAAAGCAUGCUAAAGGUAAAGGGACCCCUGACCAUUAGGUCCAGUCGUGGCCGACUCUGGGGUUGCGGCACUCAUCUCGCUUUAUUGGCCGAGGGUGCCGGCGUACAGCUUCUGGGUCAUGUGGCCAGCAUGACUAAGCCGCUUCUGGCGAUCCAGAGCAGCACACGGAAACCCUGUUUACUUUCCCGCCGGAGUGGUACCUAUUUAUCUACUUGCACUUUGACGUGCUUUCAAACUACUAGGUUGGCAGGAGCAGGGACCAAGCAACGGGAGCUCACCCCGUCGCGGGGAUUCGAACCGUCGACCUUCUGAUCAGCAAGUCCUAGGCUCUGUGGUUUGACCCACAGCGCCACCCGCGUCCCGCAAAGCAUGCUAGUGAACCGCUAUCCCUUUCACAUUGCUCAAUCCCUUUCAUAUUGUUCAAUCCCUGGCACCCCCAUUUUUUAAAAAAGUGGGGGUGGGGCUCAGAUAGCAGCUGAUGGGAAAUAUAUCGGCAGCAGGCCUGGGCGAUAUGUUGAUAUAUCACAUAUACAGUGGUACCUCGGUUUACGAACUUAAUCCGUUCCUGAAGUCCGUUCUUAAACCGAAACCUUUCUUAAACUGAGGUGCGCUUUUCCUAAUGAGGCCUCCCGCCGCCAGUGCCCUUCCAACGUUCAGAUUCCUUUCUUAGACUGAGGUAAAGUUCUCAAACCGGGACACUAUUUCCAGUUUUGAGGAGUUCGUAAACCGAAUCGUUCUUAAACAGGACUGUUCUUAAACUGAGGUACCACUGUAUUUCCCAGCACCGGAAUGAGGGACUAACCGCAAUGGUGGUUUCACUCAGCGGUAUAUCGCUAGUGAAACCGCCACCGCUCCCGAGUCCCUCCAGCGCUCAGCGUGCCGAGGGAGAAACAAACUGCAGCCGGGCGCUGGAGGCAGAGGGACUCGGGAGCCACGGUGGUUUCACCAGCGAUAUGCCACUGAGUGAAACCGCCACUGUCGGUCCCUCGUGCCAGCGGAGGGGGAGAAACAAGGCGCCAAUACAGCUUGUUUCUCCCUCCGCGUCUUUAUACUGGCUGAGGAGAGCGCAGCUGCCCUCGCCUCAGCCAAGCUGAGCCGCCACCGGUUCGCACGAGCCAUCGGCUGGCGGGGACGGGCACCAUUAAACUGCUCCCGCUCCCUCAGCUGUGCAAGCAGGAGAAGGACUUGGGCUCCCUCAGCUGGGGAGGGGGGCAAGCAAGCAAGCAAGCAAGCGGCUUCUUCAAGAAGAAGGAGGUUGCUUGCUUGCCCCCUUCCUCUUGCCAGUGAAAGAGCUCUGCCGACCGAACCUGUCAGGGCUCCCUCCGUCUUGGGGAGUGGUCUGGCUCGCUCAGCUGUCGGGUAAAAAAGCCUCAGCUCCUGCAGUGAGAGCUGCAACGGUUUCACUCAGCACCUGAAGGACUGGGGCCAACACAGCUUUUCUCAACGCCAGUGUUUGGUUGGUGAUACACCACGGUGUUGAAAGCCUAUUAUCGCCCUGCCCUACUCUGCAACUAAGACCAGCUGGACACAGUGGUCUUGUACAGUGUUUCCCAAAGAGGUCUCCAGUUGUUUUUGGACUACAGUUCCCUCCAUCCCUUGCUAGCAAGACCAGUGGUCAGGGAUGAUGGGAAUUGUAGUCUGAAAACAGCUGGACACCCAAGGUUGGGAAACGCUUGUCUAGAUGGAGAAAUAUUCUGACCUAUUAUUGUAAGUCAACUGGUGUUAUCCCGAUGGCACUUUGAAAGUGGCUGGAUUUCAUGGGCUUGAUUCAACUAAACGUGCUUGCAGGAGCUGCCACAGUACUCCCAAGCACCCUUGUACAAGGUCCAUUUCUGUAUCUUGGCCAAGCACAAUAGAGGCACCUGCUCUUAUUUGCUUGGACUACUGCAAUGUGCUCCAUGUGGGGCUACCUUUGAAGGUGACCCGGAAACUACAACUAAUCCAGAAUGCGGCAGCUAGACUGGUGACUGGGGGCGGCCACCGAGACCAUACAACACCGGUCCUGAAAGACCUACAUUGGCUCCCAGUACAUUUCCGAGCACAUGGUGGUGUUGACCUUUAAAGCCCUAAAUGGCCUCAGCCCAGUAUACCUGAAGGAGCGUCUCCACCCCCAUCGUUCUGCCCGGAUGCUGAGGUCCAGCGCCCAGGGCCUUCUGGCAGUUCCCUCAUUGAGAGAAGCCAAGCUACAGGGAACCAGGCAGUGGGCCUUCUCGGUAGUGGCGCCCGCCCUGUGGAACGCCCUCCCAUCAGAUGUCAAAGAGAUAAACAACUACCUGACAUUCAGAAGACGUCUUAAGGCAGCCCUGUUCAGGGAAGUUUUUAAUGUGUGACAUCUUAGUGUAUUUUUGGUCUUUGUGGAAGCCGCCCAGAGUGGCUGGGGAAACCACUCAGUGGGCGAGGUAUAAAUAAUAAAUUAUUAUUAUUAUUAUAUAUUAUAUUAUUAUAAUUUGCAAUGGCCUAGCAGUCCUCCUGCUUCCUUGCAGCAUGGCCAAACUGGGUGUUGGGUUGACCAACAGACAGUGCAUUGCAGGUUGAGUCAAUUUCCCCAUCCUCCUUUUGUCCUCUCUAUUCUGCCCUCUUUUCCUCCUGACAAGGGUUGUUGCUGUCUCUUUCCUUCUACUGAACUCCAUAUAAGCUUUUUGUAUCUGAAACCAGAUAGCAUACAAUCCCACAAUACCUGCUUCCAUAGCAGUAGGCACCUAUUUCAUCCCUGCCUGACCUUUGGUGUGUGUGUUGCAUAUUGGAAUCUGUUACCCGUUUCCCUAUUGCUUCUGGGUUUUUCCCGUGAGAAAGGGGAUGAAAUCUCCAGUCAUUUACUAUAGAGAGAACCACAGUCAGUAAAGGAGGGCAGGAGCCAUUACCAAACCGCUAAGAAAUUCUGAUUUCUUCUUUUCAAACGUACUCCAGCCGCCAGAUCUGUAUGACACCAACACUUCUCUCAGCAUGUCCCACGAUGCCUCGGUCUACCAAGAUGAGAGCAUUCUGUCUGCUUUGGAUAUUCCCACAACCACCCCUGAGAAGCAGGGAAUACAGGUCAGAAAAGUCUGGAAGCAAAAAGGGCAAAAAUAUCUGUUGCGAAAGGCAGGGGAGAGAGGGGUUAUAGCUUUCCCUGUGGCCAAAGCCGCACAAAAAGUAUGUAACAGGGCAUGCGGUAUCAAAAUGGAUAUAAUUUGGCAUCAUUGUUAAUUCCUGGUCAAAGAAAUGGGGACAGAGAUGUGGAAGGAGGCUUUGUUGUAAAGAUUUUCAAUAAAACCAAAAUAGCUGGGACUUGUGGAGGAGGAAGCCCGUUAGCUGCAAGAUGCCUUGGGAAAGGGCUUGGUGUUCUUUCUUAUUUUAUGAAUAGAGAGUGGAUAAAAUAAAAGCCAAUGGUUCACAUGGCGUAGAAGGGCCACGGUUUAGCCCUUACCCUUUUCAAGCGGAAACUGUGUCAAAGCAGUUCAUAAAGCCAACAGCCCUUCUGGGCUGAGCACUAAUAUGCUACAGCAAUACCAGGUAGACAGUCCUCCUCUGGUUUUAGUGGAGCAUGAGAACUUGGCACGCCACAAAUCUGGAGGAGAAUUUAUAUUGUGGAGGUUCUCAUCGCACAAUGCCUGUAUUGUAGGCAAAUAGGGGAAGAGGCAUUUAUUGGAGAUAAGGGGUGGGACGCGUGCUCUGGGCCAUUUAACUGGGGAUAAAUACGUUUUGUGCAGGUUUUUUAUGUGAUGGGCCUAAAUGUGGCGUGAUUUGUAGCAGGAGGGGAAAGAAAAGGGCAAGGGGCUGUGUAAACACGAAGUUGCAGAAAAGUGCAGUGACAGAAUUGUCUUCACCCGUUUACCAGAGGAUGCGCCGGUAUGGCAGAAGCGGGGCAUCAAGUUUGCAGCUGUGGGUUUUGAACCCAGGUUGCCCUGCGAAAUGGGUUUCUGCCAUUGCAGGAAGGUGGCUCUCUGCUCUUGGGGAGAGAGAGGGCAGUGGAGGAAAGGCAGUGCUGUCCGCCAGCAUCUUAAGAGGCCCUUUGCGCUUGUAGGCUUUUGUGACUUGGCUUGAUACCCUGAGCAAGUCCUGGAGGUGCGAAGCCGUGGGGGAAGCGUAGGAAGGCAUUUCAGAAGCAAGAGCUUAGGAAAGUGCCGCAAGUCCCGGGCGGGUCUUUCCCCUCCGCUGCGGCCUGCUUCCGAGUGCCUGUUCCCUUCCUCAACCGUGUUGUCUCUGUUCCCCACUCAGAUGCGGCAGGGCCGAGGUAGGCUGGGCGAGGAAGACUCUGACGUAGAUAUUGAAGGGUUUGAUGAGGAUGAGGAUGGGAAACCUAAGACUCCAGCCCCAGUGAGUAUCUUUGAUCCCAUCCCUAGUUUGUGGGUUGAACUUCUGCCCUCGCGGCAGAAGCUGCGGCAGCUCAGGGCCCCUUCUGAGGGAUGUCGGUAGCAGUGCCUGGAAACGCAAGCCAGGGCCCAUCGUUGUUCUUUAGAAAGAGACGGCCUUGCCGGUGAGGGAUGUCCGCGGGUAGAGAGAUGCCACACUCGGCAGGCACCGGCAGCUGCCCUCCCGUCUCUCUCUCUAUAUAUCUUUUUUAACCACCGGCUGUUCUGCCCUGACAGGAAGUAGAAGAUGGCGAUGGAGACCUGGCCGACGAGGAAGAAGGCUCGGCGCAGCAGCCUCAGGCCAGCGUCCUUUACGAGGACUUGCUCAUGUCAGACGGAGAGGACGACGAUGGCAGCGACGAGGAAGGCGACAACCCUUUCAUGUGUAAGUUGUCCCUCUAUACACAGCAGGGCCAAGUCAGGUGAUGGGUCCAUCUCUCUCUAUAAAGGUAAAGGGACCCCUGACCAUUAGGUCCAGUUGUGGCCGACUCUGGGGUUGCAGUGCUCAUCUCACUUUAUUGGCCGAGGGAGCCGGCGUACAGCUUCCGGGUCAUGUGGCCAGCAUGACUAAGCCGCUUCUGGCGAACCAGAGCAGCGCACGGAAAUGCCGUUUACCUUCCCGACGGAGCGGUACCUAUUUAUCUACUUGCACUUUGAUGUGCAGUGGUGCCCCGCAAGACGAAAGCCUCGCAAGACGGAAAACCGGCUAGACGAAAGGGUUUUCCGUUUUUCAGUGCGCUUCGCAGGACGAAUUUCCCUAUGGGCUUGCUUCGCAAGACGAAAAUGUCUUGCGAGUCUUGAGAUUUUUUUUUCGCUUUUCCUCCCCUUUUUCUAAGCCGCUAAGCCUUUAAUAGCCUUUUAGCAGCUAAGCCGCUAAGCCUUUAAUAGCCGCUAAACCGCUAAUAGCGCUAAUCCGCUAAGCCGCUAAUAGGGUUGCUUCGCAAGACGAAAAAACCGCUAGACGAAGAUACUCGCGGAACGGAUUAAUUUCGUCUUGCGAGGCACCACUGUGCUUUCGAACUGCUAGGUUGGCAGGAGCAGGGACCGAGCAACGGGAGCUCACCACUUUCCUUCACGGGAAUAUAGCCUUUGUCUUAUUAUUAAAUUUGUAUACCACCCUAUACCCACAUGUCUUGGGGCAACUCACAAUAUAAAAAUGCAAAAUACACAAUAAAAACAAAACCCACCCCAAUAACCCUCCCCUCCCCAACACAUUUUAGAAGGGCUUUGGAUUUCAAUCUGCCAAAGGCCUGGCUAAAGAGGAACGUUUUUGCCAAGCGCCUAAAGGUGUUUAAUAAAGCCGUUUCCUUCCCCUGCCGAGGAGCCUGCAUUUUGGGAAAGCCUUAGGUUGCAAAUGACAUAACGUGGCAAAAAGUUAGUAGCUCAAAGAUUCAUGCUGGCACAUGGACCCCAGAAGAGUGGUUACGAGUUAGUGUGGCUUCCAGGCCGGGGGGAGGGGGGGGGACUUCGCCACUCCCGGUUUACCAUAUGACACUAACUCUGCCAGUGGUCGACUUUAGGGCUGGGCGAUGUCUGGUUUUCUACAUCGUGAUUUAUCACCAGCUAAACAUCGCAAUAUAUCAUGAUAUCUGAAAUAAGGAUGGAACUAUGUAGAGGCGGACGGGGUCGUGUCCAGGCAACUGCUUCUACUUAACGUAUUGUUACAACUGUUACUUUAUAGUACAGAUAUUUUUUUUAACUGGCACAUUUCCCCUGAAAUAUGGAGGGAAGCUGUUUUGGGGAAGACAACAAUGUAAACACUGGAAAGUAAAAAUGGAAACACUGACAGUGGUACCUUGGUUUACAAACUUAACCCGUUCCAGAAGUCCGUUCUUAAACCAAGGCAUGCUUUCCCAUAGCAGUGAGGGAUUCAAUUUACAAAUGGAACACACUCAACAGGAAGCAGAACACGUUUUGCUUCCAAGGCAAAGUUCACAAACCAAAACAGCUACUUCUAGGUUUGUAGUGUUCUUAAUCCAAGUUGUUCAUACACUAAGCUUUUCUUAAACCAAGGCACCACUGUAUUUUCUUCUGCCAGUGAGCUGGGUGGCAGGGAAGAAAAAGGAAGAAGACACAGACAUUUGCAUGCACACACACAGAAGGGGAGAUGGGAGGAAAGAAACUUCACCGUUUCCCCCACAGUGUGAUUCUUCUACAUAGCGCAAAGACACUGUGAUUUGCGAUACGUUGCCAUGUCAAAUCUUAGGAAACCAGUACGAUGUGGACUUUGAACCAGUUUGGGGUGAUAUAUUGAUGCCUCAUUGCCCAGCCCUAGUUGCCUUGUUGAGCUGCAGAGAGUUUUUGAACUGCGGCUUAGCCAGAAUGCUAAACUACUGAGAAAACCAGGAAAUCAGGCUCGGGUAACUGCAAUGUGGCUACCCUUUCUCUGCCCAGCUAUUCAGCUCAGUGAAAGCGGGAGCGAUUCCGACGUGGAGUCCAGUGCCGUGAGACCCAAGCAGCCUCACGUUCUUCAGGAGAACACGCGGAUGGGCAUGGAUAACGAAGAGAGCAUGAUGUCCUACGAGGGAGCUGGAGGAGAGACAUCGCAUGCCCUGGAAGACAGCAAUGCCAGGUAUCCUUAGACAAGCAUGCUGUUGGAGGCAGUAAGCAAGCGCUUGGCUCUCACGGAUGCCAGGGUGGCAGUGCCCGCUUCAAACGAUUCUCGUGCAAAUGCUUACGAGGCCUGGGUCUCUCUGCUCUUUACUGCUCCUCUGUUGACUAACUCAUUGCACUUCUGUGCCCUCCAUCCAACCAAGCUCUCUGGGCCGGCUGCUCAAACAAGAAAAUGCUGAACGCAAUUCACAGUUAAAACUCUAAAAUCCAGGCAGGGGUUGGGGAGGGAAAUCCCGCAGCGGGAGAAAGCCCAGCAAAAACCCCAACCAAAAUCAACAGAAAACACAGCAGCUGAAACAAUGAGAGCAAUUCCUUUUUUCAAUUGCUGUGAUGCCGGAAGCAGAUAAGUAACAUCACCAAAUGCUAUCGGAACAAUCCUUUAGUAGUAACUCUGGGGUACCAUUCCAUGGCUUCUUUUGUAGAUGUGAUUCAUAGGCGUAGUUAUGGGCAGGAUCGCAGCCUUGCCUUGCCUUUCAAAAUGUAUUUGGAAUAGUUAUUAAAUGUACAUAAAAUUACGAAGCGUGGAGCAUUGCUGUUGCCAUGUAGGCGUAAACCUAUGCAUUGCUGUUUCAGCUGCCUUUGAAAAGUUUGUUCUGUCUCUAAAAGGCUUUUUUUUAAAAGUUGAGCAGAGUUCAGUCUCUGGGCUUCUGCCUGGAACACACACAUAACCACAUCCAGCACAGCAACCCAAAUGUUGCAGUCUCGAGUGCUAGAGUUAUGGCGGUAUUGCUUGCACCAGAGCAGGGUUUCCCAAACUCAGGUCUCCAGCUGUUUUUGGACUACAGUUCCCAUCAUCCCUGCUAGCUAGGGAUGAUGGGAGUUGUAGUCCAACAGCAGCUGGAGACCAAAGUUCGGGAAACCCUGCACCAGAGGAGAUGGCCACCAACUUAGAUGCUUUACAAAAAACAGAAAAACUCUAUGUUCUCCUGCCAGAGGCAGUCUUGUUUCUGGAUACCUGUUCAGAAUUACAGGUGGGGAGGGUGCUAUUGUCCUCAAGCCCCACUUGCGGGCUUCUCAUGGGCAUCUGAUAGGUCACUGAAAACGGGAUGCUGCACAAGACAGACCCUUGGCCUGAUCCUGCGGCACUCCUGACCUGCAGAAAAGCACCAAGUAAACGCUAAUCUGCCACACUUUCGUGUUUCCCUUCACCGCAUUUCUCUUCUGUAAAGCGCUCAGCAUGCACAAUCAAUAACAAACGCAUCAUGUUUUUCUUUAUCUCCAGUUAUGGUAGCUACGAGGAACCAGACCCCAAAUCCAACACCCGAGAUACUAGCUUCAGCAGCAUUGGGGGUUAUGAGGUCUCGGAAGAGGAAGAGGAAGAAGAAGAGGACCAGAGGCGUGGUCCUAGUGUGUUAAGUCAGGUUCAUCUGUCAGAGGAUGAGGAAGAUAGUGAAGACUUCCAUUCCAUCGCAGGAGACAGUGACCUGGAUUCAGAUGAAUGAGCCCCUUUCCUCUGGGGAUUGAUAAAUUUGCACCCUGGACUCAAAUGUAAAGUUUUUUUGUUUGCAUCCAAAUGUGUCUCCUGCUAAACUGGAGACACCUGUUUUGGUCUGUCUUUUUUUAUAUAAUUUGUUAUUGUGUAUAAAGGGGUGUGUGUACAUAUAUAAUAAAAAAAAUACUAGCAACUGAA